CAUAGCUUGGCGCUCAUAACACUAUUCCAAAACUGCGCGAGGCGGCCGAGCGGUGAGCGGGUAACGGACUUGGCGCGCGCAGCUCAGGUUGGUUUUUGUUUCCCGCCUUUUUUUAUUUGAGGGGUUCGGCUAGCGGUUGACGCGGAGUUCUGUCUGUCCGCCGGGCUGUCGGUCACACACGGAGGCGGACGGUGGCGAUCUGAGGACAGGUGAGGAGGGGCUGCCAGCGGAAGGCGGGGUUGCUGGGGUGUGAACUCUCUAAAAUGGCGGACGGGGCUGGCUGACAGUUGGACAGCAGUUACUGGUACUCUACCUACUGCAGACUACAUCCCCCUCACAGAGACUGUCACUGAGCACACGGGGGUACUCCAACUCUCUGCAUGCUCGGCCAACCGCUCGCUGCCUGUAGAAGGUCUUGCUGAGCAUCAUGGGAGGUGUAGUCCCUGGCAGGUGGAGUGCCCGAGGCUGUGGGUGGGAGCAGUUAUUGGGUCUGUCAGUGUGUAUCGUGCUGACACAAUGUUUACUUCUUUGGCCAUUGUUUUCCCCUGCUUUGGCCAUUCUGUUUAGAAUUCACUGACUCCGAGUUUAGUAAAUCUCGCUCUCAGUUACGCCGUUAGUGAAGUCUGAAUUACAGCGAAUAAUGAUAGCCAUCUCCAAAUAAUUCUCCUGCUUUAUCUUGGUUAUUGUUAGCCAUCUCCCUUUAAUCCUUUUAUAGCUGUAAUGCUGGCAAAGCAUCUUGGGAGAUGUAGUCCAUAGCAAGUAAAGUUUGGAGUUUAGUGAAUAACCCUGUCUGUCCUAGCACUGAAUUACCUCCUGGGUAACAUUGGGGGUGUGUACUUUCUUUUUGUCAAAUCGCAUAAAAGGAUCUAUAAUUCAAGAUUUUCCUAGUCUUGACGUCAGAAAAUAUAGAUUUUAUUAAAGACAGGAGGCGAGUAUUAUGCAUUAACUUUCUUUACUUAACUCCAGCAGCAAAGACAUUUUUUCAAUAAAGUUUAGUGAAUAAAAAAAGGUAAAACAGAGUAACUGAAAUGGAACGUUGGUAGCCAAUCAGCAUCCGGCAUAGUCUAUAUAGUGCAUGAUCCCCAAUAUUCUCCCUCUUUCGAGCUGCGAAUGUAGAAGUGUCUAGUAGAGUAGCUCCAAGGAUAGAAUGAUGAAACUCCAAACAGGAUUAAGCUGAAAUAUAAAUAACAUGGUGGGUUAAUGGGAGGGAUAAUACUCGCCUCCUGUCUUUAAUAAAAUCUAUAUUUUCUGACGUCAAGACUAGGAAAAUCUUGAAUUUUAUAACAAGACAGGAGGCUCGUAUUAUGUAUGUUCAGAGCUAUGUAGUCAUAAUAUAACAUACAUCGGAAGUUAUUACAAUAUUAUUUUUGAAACAUGCUGGCUAGGUCUAAAAUAAAACUGUUUAAAUGUAGAUUCUGAAGACCAAUCUGCUGUUUUUAAUAGAUCUGAUAAAGAGCCUCCUGCUUGAAACACUUUAGUAGUCAUAGCUCCUCUUGAUGAGUGAGCUCCAAACAUUGAAAUAUUAAUACCUGCCAUAGACAUGGUUUGUCGUACCCAUCUAGCUAAAGAUGUAGAGGAGACAGGUAGAAAAGGUUUACGAAAGGAGAUUAGUAAUUGUGAGAGAUUAGAAUUUCGAAUCAAAGAGGUUUGAAACUCAUAUGUUUGACGACAACUAACAACACAUAGAAGAGGAUGGUCAGAAAAUGAAGGAUAGAAUACAGUACGGAGAUUAGUUUUGGUACGUCUAACAAUAGAAAAUGUAACACCAUCAGGAGUAUAUUGUCUAUUAUUUAAGUCUAAAGCCUUAACGUCAGAAACUCUUUUGAAAGAGAUGAGACAUAGUAAAGUGGUAAGCUUAAGCGAAAGCAAUUUUAAGGAUAAUGAAUCAUUGGCCCCCCAUGAUUCUAUCAACUGGAGUACCAGAGUAACAUCCCAGGUGGAAUUAUAUUUAGGGCAUGGAGGACGUUUAAAUCUGAUACCCUUCAUAAGUCUGCAGACUAGAGGAUGUUUACCCACAAGGAAAAAUUCAAUAGGGUCGUGAUUCGCUGAGAUAGCAGAUCUAUAGACAUUAAUGGUGCGAUAAGCUUUCCCUGAAUCAAAAGAGGCUGACAAAAAAUUUAGAAUGUUUGCUAAAUCUGAAUGUAUGGGAUCCACUGCCCGUUCCAUGCACCAAUUAAACCAAAUUUUCCAGGCUGAUCUGUAAUUUGCACGGGUUCCCGGUGCCCAUGCUUCUAAGAGAAUAUUUCUAAUAGUGUUUGAAAAUUCACUAUGAGGUUCGAAUGGCCCGAAAUGAGGGAUGCAAUCAGGGGUAAUUGGCCCGACAGUACUAGAGGAUGGCAAUUUCCCUUCGGGUCGCGAAGAGAAUCCUGGCGCAUCUGUAUGAGUCGAGGGUAGUCUAUCAGCAUGCUGAGAAGCUGAGGGAACCAUGGUUGUGAUGGCCAGAGAGGGGUUAUAAUCACUAAGGUCGAUUUCUGGGACCAUGUUUUCAGAAGUACCAGGGAUAUCAUCGUAAACGGGGGGAAAGCAUAAUUGACCCCUUCCUUCCAACAUUGGAGGAAAGCAUCUUGAUCUACUGCUUCUGGAUCCGGCCGCCAACUGAAAAAUGUUUCCAAUUGGCGAUUGAGCCGUGAUGCAAAGAGGUCGUAUCGAAAUGGACCCCACAGGGCAAGUAUUUGUUGGAAGAUGUUGGGAUCCAACAUCCAGUCGCUGUAAUCCACUAGGAAGCGGGAAUUCCAAUCUGCUACUGUAUUGGAAAGGCCGGGAAGGUAUUCUGCUCGUAACGUUAUGUUUCGAUCGAGGCAAAAAUGCCAUAAUUCUUUGGCAAUGUCGGCCAGUUGCUUGGUUUUUGUACCUCCUAAGCGAUUUAUAUGUUGUCCAUCUUGAGAAGGAUACAACAAUGGGAUUUGUUUCGCAAAACUGCGUAGAGCGAAAAACCCUGCCAUGAGUUCCAGGCAGUUUAUAUGCAUAUUCGUCUCUUCUAGAGACCAUUUGCCUCCUGUGGAAUUGCCUCCACAAUGAGCUCCCCAGCCUAAACGACUUGCGUCGGAUUCUAUAGUUAGGUCUGGGAAUGACGUGAAAAUGGCUUUCCCGUUCCAAAUUUGAACGUGAUCUAACCACCAGGAAAGUUCUAUUCUUGUCUCUGAAGUUAGAGAAAUCUCGUCUGAAUAAAGGAGACCAUUGUUUAGAUGUUCUCUUUUCAAUCUUUGAAGAGCCCGAUAGUGAAGGGGGGCUAGAAAGAUAGCCUGGAUCGAGGCUGAUAAAAGUCCUACAAUCCUUGCUAACGACCUGAUGGAAAUUAAUUCCUUCUUUAGAAAUGACCUGAUCUCUUUUCGAAUUGUUUUCAACUUCCGUGAUGGAAGGCUGAGAGUGGCUAAAUUGGAAUUUACUAGAAAUCCUCAAAAUUCUAUCUCCUGAGAGGGAGUUAAAAUCGAUUUUUUUUAAUUUUUUUUUUUUUGUAAUUUAUUACAAAGCCAAGGCUUGUUAACAGAUUCAAUGUCCAUUGAGAAUGUAGUUGAAGAGUUUGCACACUCUGUGACAUAAUCAGUAUGUCGUCUAGAUAUAUUAUCAUUCUUAUUCCCCUGCUUCGAAGUAGGGAUAUUACUGGUUUCAGUAAUUUGGUGAUACACCAAGGUGCAGAGGAUAAACCAAAUGGCAAUGAUUUGAAUUGCCAUUUCUUCCCUUGCCAUAGGAAUUGUAAAUAUUUCUGACAUGAAUGGUGGAUAGGUACCGUAAGGUAUGCAUCCUUCAAAUCUAUUUUGAUCAACCAGUCGUUGAACAUCAACAGGUCUUUGAGGUAAUAAAUUCCCUCCAUUUUGAAAUGGUGGUAUCUGACAAAAUUGUUUAAGUAUUUCAAGUUUAUGACUGGUCUGUGACCAGAAUCUUUCUUUUUCACCAAGAAUAAAUUGCUUAUGAAGCCUGGGCUGUUCAUGGGCACCUGUAUGAUGGCAUUUUUUGAAUAUAAAUGUAAUAUUUCUUGAUGCACCAGGGCUUGGUCUUGGGCCGAAAAUUUUAUCGUGAAAGGCAUGUUUCUUUGGACGGGGAAUGAUACAAAAUCUAUUUUGUAACCUAGAACCGUGUCUAGUAUCCAAGAGUCGUUUUGUAACCUGACUCCAGACAUGGAAAAAACGAGUGAGUCUGCCCCCUAACCUUACUGGGAAAGAACGGGGAGUUGUCAUACUCACCGGAUGAAGAUCUGAAGCGAGACAUUCCUCGAUGGCCUCUCGAUCUCCAAGGUCUGCCACGUAGUGGAAAGAAAGGAGUUGAUUGUUGGGUGUCAUAUGAGGAUCUGGAGGGUUGAAAAGUGUUCCUUGGAACCUGUCUAUGCUGAAAGGAACGGCUGGAAGAACAGUUCCUUCCGCCUCCAGCCCUUCCGAAAACCUUAGGGUUGAAAGCUUUCUUCAGGGAUAACUGAGCCUUAUUAAGGGAACUAAAUAGAUUGACAUAUUUAUUAAUGUCUUUAAUAAAGGAUUCUCCGAAUAGGAGACCUUCCGCAGCUGGACCAGGUUCGGAAGUAGCUAGAUUUGACAGUUGAGGGUAAAUUUUCAUUAUAAUAGACCUGCGGCGUUCGCUGGUCAGCGCUGCAUUAGCAUACCCCAAAAGACAUAUAAUGCGUUGGGUCCAGCCUCUCAAAGUAUCAAUGCUGGGAGGAUUCUCAGAAGCUGCCGCAUAUUCCAAAGUUUCAAACAUUUUAGUCACAGGACCAGAAAUGUCCAUUAAUUUAUCUUGACAAGAUUUCAGUGACCUGUCAAGGCCUUUAUUAGGGUUCUUCCCUGAUUUUGAUAAAAAUUGUACAAUAGUAGGAUCUAGAUCAGGGGUCUGUGUGACUUUCUUUGAUAAGGUCGGUCUAGGGCAUUCAGCCCUUAGUUUAUUUCUAGUCUCUUGGUCAAGGGGUUUCCUUAACCAGUAUUCAAGAUAUUUGGCUACAUGAGCCAUAGGGACCCAUUCGGCUGACCUGGUGUGUUUAAUAUGGUCUGGGUCAAAUAAUGGUUUACCAUUAAAAUCCAAAAUAAUGUUUUCAUCGUCAGAUUUAGAAAUAAGCUCAGGUGUCUCUGAGAUAUAUGAACAAAUUGAGGCAGAAUCAGUCAGAUUUUUCAUCCUCUGAGAUUGAAGAUGAUUCACUAUCUGAGGAGGUUUUAUAGGAAUCAGGUUUGUUCCUGUGAAUGGCCUUCCGAGCCCAUUUAACUUCCUCACAAGCAGUGGGUCUUUUGAGUGAUUGAUUACACUCUUCAGUUUUGCGUGAAGCACGCAUUGUAUUCUUGUCUUGGUCCUUCCCUCUCUUAACUUGCUUAGAGCCAUUAGGGGAUUCUGCAGGACCGUCAAAGCAAUGUUUGCGUUUCUGGGUGGCCUUCCCAGACCUCCUAAAACCUUGAGCUAGGUUUCGUUCAGACUCCACAGAUGACCAGAAUUGGUCUGAAGGAGUAUUAAUUAAAUGAGUCUCCUCACUGGGUUUUGAGUUAUUUAUGGCUUGAGCCACAGACUUUGCAAUUGCCUCUUGCAUAGAGGUCAUUGCAGUAUAAAUAGCAGAGGAAACGGACUUUUGAACGGAUAAAUCCACAAUAUUAUGUAAAGAAUCCUCAGUGAGGAUUUCACAGUCAUGAGAAACACCAGGUUUUGGUGAUUCAAUCUGUCUGAUCUCCUUAGAGUUCAUAAUUUCAAAAUUGCAACAAAUAGUAAUUGUAUCUACUAUUCAUAGAAUAGUUAAAUAGUAAGUAAAUGUUGCCAGUUAUGAGGGGAAAUACUGACAGGAAUUCAAAUAGUUCAAAUUAUAAUAAUUACCAUUAGAGAGUAACAAGUUGUGAGGAAAGCGCUGUCCUGAGGUAAAGUGGGCGGGAAAGUUAGCUGAGGACCAACUAACUGGUAUUCCCACCCAUAAACAUCAUCAAUGUAUAAGGGACUAACUGACAGAAAACGCGCGUGCAACGGUUCGUGUAGAAACUGCAGAAAUGACUGAACAGUUUAACCCUUUAAGGACACAUGACAUGUGUGACAUGUCAUGAUUCCCUUUUAUUCCAAAAGUUUGGUCCUUAAGGGGUUAAAGACAAAAAACUAUAAGAAACAUAGAAUUACUUCAGAAAAGCAUAUAUUCCAGUGAAUAAAUACAUAUGUCAAACAUAUAAUCAAACUAGAAGGUAUGUUUAGAAAACAGUCGCAUAAGUGAAUAUAUAUGAUACUUAUCUCUACUGGAGCAGCAAAGAAAGAGGGAGAAUAUUGGGGAUCAUUCACUAUAUGGACUAUACUGGAUGCUGAUUGGCUACCAACGUUCCAUUUCAGUUACUCUGUUGUUUUACCUUUUUUAUUCACUAAACUUUAUUGAAAAAAUGUCUCUGCUGCUGGAGUUAAGUAAAGAAAGUUAAUGCAUAAUACGAGCCUCCUGUCUUGUUAUAAAAUUCUAACUUACUAAAAGUAUCAUCAGUACACACACAUUCACAUUCACGAGUAACUUUGUUUUCGUUCAAUUUAACAAAUAAAGUAACAGAGUACAAUUUAAUGCCAAAGUGUUAGCUCUCAAAACACACACAUCAUUCUUUUAUAUUUAACAUGUUAUCAUGGAGUACCAUGGUUUAGCAGGAACUUGGCAGCAGGUCCAUGGGAAUAAACACGGGCUUAUUAUAACAUAUUUUUUUUUCACAUUUGAGUUGCUGGUGUGAUAUCCUGCUUUCUUAUCAUGCAAUGACAUAAAUACAGUGUUGGCUUUAUUUGUAUUUAAAACGUGGAUAGGGACUCGCUUGUUUCUAAUUUUAUAAUGUAUCAAAAUAUGUAGAGCAAUCAUAUGUAAAAUAAGCAGCUAAACAUUUGUGUGACUCCUUACAAUAUCACUAAACAAAUAUAUAGAGAAAAAGAAUGUAGCGCUUUAGUAGUAAUCAAAGUAUCACCUUUUAGUUUGCAUAUGAGGUAAAUUCUCACUUUGGACUCAAAUAAGUUGAAAUCUAUAAAAGAUAAUCAAACAUAGUGCAAAUGGUAGAUACCAAAAGGGUAUGUAUGUAUGUAUGUGUGUAUAUAUAUAUAUAUAUAUAUAUAUAUAUAUAAAAAAAUCUAUCUUGUCCUGGAGGGGAAUAAAUACACACAAGAUUGCGCAGUAUAGCUGGUGAUGAUAAGGUAUAAAGUAAGGUUCCCAAAUGGGUACUUACAAGCAAGGAGUCUAAAUUGACUCGGUAUCUGAGCGUUGUGCAGAUUAGGGACUGCACUCCCAUAUGCAGAAUGACGAAUGUAGAACCAGGAUGUAAAGAUGAUAAAAUAUAACAAAUUUAUUAAUACAAUCUAUAAAAUUCAGUCUGUGCUUAAAUACUGUUCAAAAAUUAGUAGAAUGGAACACCGGUGUAUGUGCACCGAACACGUCCCUACCACCCACAGGUAAGACGUGUGCAGUCCAUGCCUCAUUAUCACACCACAUCUUACCUGUAGGUGGUAGGUGAUGUGUGCGGUGCACAUACACCGGUGUUCCAUUCUACUAAUUUUUGAACAGUAUUUAAGCACAGACGGUGAACCAGGAAGCAUACAGCUUACUGAUCCAGUUGAGGAAGCCACAUGUUAGUGGUGAAACGUGUUCCGGUUUUAUUUGGACGUUGAUAAAACGUGCUGGCACUCAAUCACACUAAUGGUGCAGGUAUUCGAGGUUAACCCUAAAAGAGCCUCAAAUCAUACAAAAAAUUAAUAUGAAUACCGCACUCAACAUAGAAAAAUAGUCAAACAAUGGUGUAAGAUAAUCUUAAUUUGAUUUAUUAUGCUCUUAUUAUUAAAUUCAUAGGUAUUUUACUCUAUAUGAGAAUAUAUAAUUGAUAAAUAGAAUACAUUGCAUCAUAUGUUCAAUAGCUAUUUACAAAAUGACCUCCAUGGAUAUUGUAUAAAUUCAUGAUAAACAUAUAUACACAGCUGCUAAUGUUCCUGUUUAGUAGUCUAAGGGAAACAUAUCCAUAUGGAUAGUAGCUGGAUCUGCUGUAAUCUAUGUACAUAGAAAAAAAGUAAAAAUCAAAAACAAUAAUGAAAAAAUAAGAAAAAAUGGUAACAAAAAAUGAAAAAAGUGAAGAGAAAAACUGAAGAAAGUUAUAAAUGUGGAGUAAAAGGAAAGAGCUAGAGUGAAAUGGUUGUUCCAUUAGAGAUGGAAAAAUUGGACAUCCAUUACACCAAAAGAUAUCUCAUAAAAAUAGUAGAAUAAUUAUUGGGUAUAACCUUUAUUAAGCCGCAUAUAGAUAAAAAACAAAAAACUAUAAAGUGUGGUGAUAGUGAAAUACUUGUGAAAAAAACAAGUGAAAUAAAAACUGGGUAGAUGCAGUGUGGAUAUCCUCAGAUAGUAAUAGGGUGACUAAAGUCUCUCAGGCUUAGAUGUGCACUAAAAAAGGUAUAUUAUUGACCAUAAAUUAUCGCACAGUCACUCCCUAUAUCCACAUAAAUAGUCAUAGACUCUCAUAUAUUUUUUCUGCAUACAGAGUAGAAUUAAAUCAAUAGUAACCAUAGAAUAUAUAUCUAUCGUAUAGAGUUAUCUAAACUGUUGAAAAUAAAGAAAAGAGAAAAGAGAGUCUGGAGGGAGAUUGAGUGAAAAUGUAUAUAAUCUUUGCUACUCAGUUGGAAGUUUAGACACAAAAUGUCUUAAUCGGUAGAUAUAUAGCAGCCUUUAUAUAGAUAUAUACAAUGUAUAAUAUCCAAGUGUAUCCUUAUGGGAAUAUUGGUAGGGUUAAUAGAUGAGCAUAAAUAGUAUUUGGUUAAAUGGAAACCAUACUAAAAAAGGUGUCUCAAUACAUCAGUUAAACCAUAGAUGUAUGUAUAAAUAUACAUAAAAUGCUCAAUACGUGGUUAGGAUUAAACCUGGGAGGUUAAUGUGCAGUUGUCUCUUAAUUAUCUCUUAGUAAUGAGAUGGGUUAAAAAAUUCAAACCUCAAAUUCAUAAUUGCAGCUGCCAGGCAGAAAAAUACAUCCCACGAAUAAAAACCACUUAGAUAAUACACCCCAUCCACAAUAGAAUUCCCUAAGAGUGAACUCCUAUAUAGAAAGUAUACACUGGUGCUUUAGAACCACAUAAAUUGCUAUAUCUAUAUCUGGGUAGAGAUUUCACGUCUGCAUACACUAUAAGAGAUUUCUGUAUAAACAGUGAGCUGCUGCUAAAAGUUAUAAAUGUCCUUAUGUACAAUAGUCCAAAAAAUAGUGCACUUUAGUAAUAAAUAGGUGGAUCUCACCCACUGAAGUAUCCUUAUAGAUUGUAGCCUUAGAUGCAACCGGAGGAUUUGUGGAAAUUCUGUAGUAAAUGUGGAAGGUGGCUAUAUGCCAAUCGGUGAGCUGUUAAAUCCGCUGAAUUCCUGCUGCAAUACUAACUGUCAGUGAUGUCCUCGUGGAUCUCACUGAAGGCAGUAAGUAGUACUUGGGAAAUGGCCACAGUAUUUGGACAGUUACAGUAUAUGGGUGGGGGGGGGGAUUGUUAUCGGAGCUGGUGUGCUUGGGCCUGGUGGGCCGUUUUAGCACUGUUAUGGCCGUCAGAGUGUGGGAGAACUACAUAUAACUUAAAUGAACAGUCUUAACUUAAAAUAUUUAAACUAAUUAUACUAAGGACUGUGAGGCAGUUCGUUCAGGUUUUGAUUUUCGGGCCUCUGCUUGUUCCAGGUGUUGCCGGUGAAUCUGUGCUUGUUGUCCCUGGUCGAUGAUCUGGCUGUGUCGCUGCGAGGUUCGAUAUUCCCAAUGCGGUCAUCAGUGCUGGGCCCUCUGUGUGGUCGGUGGCCCUGUAGUGCUUGUCAUCUUUGGUGAUCCAGAGAGUUCCUGGUGUUGCCCAUAUAUAGGCAACUCCUGCGGCUUGGAGUUGUUUGGUGAUUGGUUGCAUACUUUUGCGCCAUAUCAGUGUGGCCCUGCUCAAGUCCUGAAAGAAAGAGAGUUUGCUGUCUUCAAAGUCAAGAGGUGUCUUCCAUUGUAUAGCUGCCAUUAGCCCCAGUUUGUCCAACAUUGAUUGGCAUCUCAAUAUUAUGUCCCGUGGGGCUGAGUUGGGUGCUUGUGGGGAUUUGGCUAUCCUGUAAACCCCGUCGAACUGGAACGUUUUGGAUUGUCUAGUCGGCAGGAGUGUGGCCACAAGGCGUCUGAAGUGUGGCAACUCUUCCAACGGUAUUGAUUCAGGUACCCCUCGGAUUUUUAUGUUUUUUUGGCGCCCUCUGUCAUCUAGGAGGGUAACUUGCCUGGACAUUGUCGCUUGUGCGGCUUGGAGGUGGCGCACCUUCUCCCUCAGUUCCUGGUAGUUCUCUCUUAGUCCCUUUACCUCCUCUUCUACCGCCUGAGUGCGCAAGGACACGGCGUGCACGUCUAGUUUAAGCACUGCCAGGUCCGCUACCCACAUUUGUCUUAAGUUCUGUUGCAGGCCUGUCACCAUAGCCUGUAUAUCUUUUUUUUUGAGGCCGCUGCGCUGGCUUCUGGCAUCCACGUGUGUGUGGGGUGUUGGGGAUUAAGGUGUGGGCUGUCUAGCGGUUCUCCCUCCUCUGAUGGUACCCGGGAUGUUUCACGGGGGGUCUGUGCCUUUACUGCGCUUGGGGCCUGUAACAUUUGGCCUAUGUCGCGCUGUGGUUUCGGGGUGUUUUGGGGCAGUUUCUGCGUUCUGUGCCCCAUCUCACCUGAGCUGUGUGUGCUGGGGUACCAGUCCUCAAAGUCUGGGACACUCCAGGGCCAGUGUUCUCCCGUGCUGGGUUGAGGCUGCCUCCCCCGCCCAGUAGGCCUUGCCGCCUCUGCGUCUAUUUUUCGAGCCAGGCGUCAGGAGAAACGGCAUCGGCGGUCGCAGUGGGGUUCCCUGCGGUCUGUAGCUGUACAGGGAGUGCAGAAUUAUUAGGCAAAUGAGUAUUUUGACCACAUCAUCCUCUUUAUGCAUGUUGUCUUACUCCAAGCUGUAUAGGCUCGAAAGCCUACUACCAAUUAAGCAUAUUAGGUGAUGUGCAUCUCUGUAAUGAGAAGGGGUGUGGUCUAAUGACAUCAACACCCUAUAUCAGGUGUGCAUAAUUAUUAGGCAACUUCCUUUCCUUUGGCAAAAUGGGUCAAAAGAAGGACUUGACAGGCUCAGAAAAGUCAAAAAUAGUGAGAUAUCUUGCAGAGGGAUGCAGCACUCUUAAAAUUGCAAAGCUUCUGAAGCGUGAUCAUCGAACAAUCAAGCGUUUCAUUCAAAAUAGUCAACAGGGUCGCAAGAAGCGUGUGGAAAAACCAAGGCGCAAAAUAACUGCCCAUGAACUGAGAAAAGUCAAGCGUGCAGCUGCCACGAUGCCACUUGCCACCAGUUUGGCCAUAUUUCAGAGCUGCAACAUCACUGGAGUGCCCAAAAGCACAAGGUGUGCAAUACUCAGAGACAUGGCCAAGGUAAGAAAGGCUGAAAGACGACCACCACUGAACAAGACACACAAGCUGAAACGUCAAGACUGGGCCAAGAAAUAUCUCAAGACUGAUUUUUCUAAGGUUUUAUGGACUGAUGAAAUGAGAGUGAGUCUUGAUGGGCCAGAUGGAUGGGCCCGUGGCUGGAUUGGUAAAGGGCAGAGAGCUCCAGUCCGACUCAGACGCCAGCAAGGUGGAGGUGGAGUACUGGUUUGGGCUGGUAUCAUCAAAGAUGAGCUUGUGGGGCCUUUUCGGGUUGAGGAUGGAGUCAAGCUCAACUCCCAGUCCUACUGCCAGUUCCUGGAAGACACCUUCUUCAAGCAGUGGUACAGGAAGAAGUCUGCAUCCUUCAAGAAAAACAUGAUUUUCAUGCAGGACAAUGCUCCAUCACACGCGUCCAAGUACUCCACAGCGUGGCUGGCAAGAAAGGGUAUAAAAGAAGAAAAUCUAAUGACAUGGCCUCCUUGUUCACCUGAUCUGAACCCCAUUGAGAACCUGUGGUCCAUCAUCAAAUGUGAGAUUUACAAGGAGGGAAAACAGUACACCUCUCUGAACAGUGUCUGGGAGGCUGUGGUUGCUGCUGCACGCAAUGUUGAUGGUGAACAGAUCAAAACACUGACAGAAUCCAUGGAUGGCAGGCUUUUGAGUGUCCUUGCAAAGAAAGGUGGCUAUAUUGGUCACUGAUUUGUUUUUGUUUUGUUUUUGAAUGUCAGAAAUGUAUAUUUGUGAAUGUUGAGAUGUUAUAUUGGUUUCACUGGUAAUAAUAAAUAAUUGAAAUGGGUAUAUAUUUGUUUUUUGUUAAGUUGCCUAAUAAUUAUGCACAGUAAUAGUCACCUGCACACACAGAUAUCCCCCUAACAUAGCUAUAACUAAAAACAAACUAAAAACUACUUCCAAAAAUAUUCAGCUUUGAUAUUAAUGAGUUUUUUGGGUUCAUUGAGAACAUGGUUGUUGUUCAAUAAUAAAAUUAAUCCUCAAAAAUACAACUUGCCUAAUAAUUCUGCACUCCCUGUAUGUGUGGCCGGGAUGCGAGAUGCCUCCGAUGUUGCCGGAUUGCCGUGUGGUACCUCGGAGCUCCGGCAAUGUGCGUCCGCUCCGGUCCAUUGCUAGGCUCCGCCCCAGUUGACCUGCUUUUUAACUACAAUCAUGUUAUAGCUUUUUUGAUUACAACUGAAUUAAUUGAUUUAUUUUUUUAGCUCUCUUAUUGGUUUUGUAUUUGAUAUUAUUUAAUUUGAAGUUGUAAUGCAAGGAUAUAUACAUGCCAAAUACGUUGUGGUGUGGAAAAACACAUACACACCAGGCAAGACUUGCUUUUACCACAAAAUCCCUUGCGGUAGUGAGCACUGUUAAAGUGAGAUUUCUGUGGGAAAAGCAGAAUGUAUUUUCAUUUAAAAGCACCUCACCUAGGCAUAAAAUAAUGGGAGUAUAGUUGCAGUAUAUGAUCAUACAUUGCAUAAGCCUGUCACAAUUCCAAUUGGUCCCAGCAGCACCCUAUAAUGUAUGCAUGUUCAGGCGAGUGCAGCCCUCUUGGAUGGAUAUAUAUGUAUGUAUGUUUGUAUGUAUGUUUUUUCCUCACCCCUCCUGGGUGGCAUAUUUAUUACUCAUUCUCAGGUUCUGCGCAGCUUAAUAGCUAAGUAAAAGUAAAUGGAGCAUCAUAAAAUAAUCUAAAGGCAUUAAAAUAGCAUCCGAUUUGCAAUGUAAUUAAUAGUGUAUAAAAAAAAAUAAAAAAAAAUCUAAGAUACAAUCUAAGAAAGGAAACCAUAAUAAAAUCAAUGUAACAAACUUGUUGGAUCCCAACCCACUUGGGUGUUUGGUAGAAUACAAUACAAGGCUCCUACAAUAAAGCAGUACUGUAUUAUUUCUGCGUGUGUGGGCCUGGGAUAAGUCCAGUAGGUGGUAGAUAUCGAUUUCUGACCUGUAAAGUCCAGGAACCAUAAAGAGAGGACCCUGUAAGUAUCCAAAAGAUUUUUAAUCCGGUGGGGGGGAAAUCCCUCACUUGUCUAACUCGCCGACUGGCAUGCUCAUGGGUUGCUGACAGGAACCGGCAGGGGUCAAAAAUCAAAUGAAGUUCACUGAUCAGGGUUUGUGUACUAACUCCUACGCGUUUCACUUCCUCAGGGAGUACGAGGUAUGUCUCACCUGAAAUCUGUUGUAGCCACUCCCCCAACGUAGUGUCACAGCCCCAUGAUCCUAUUACAACUGGGACUGCUACUGUCUUAACUUUCCAUGUUCCUUCUUCCUGUUAUAAUCACUGGGUAUUUACAAAUCCACAUCUAGCACUCAUGCUAACUGGCCACAAUGUGCUGGAUUCUCUGAGGCCUCUUUGCACAGUCUGAGAGCCAAACAUUCCCCUUCUGUGUAUUGCUCAUAAUCUAUCAAUAGUGGAGGCUACAAUGCCUUUUUGUGGGCAAGUAUUUGGUCGGUAGGAUGGUGAUGUUCACUUGUGAGGGUCCAGCAUUGUACUGCCUUGUUAGCCAGCAGCUGGACCAUUCUGUUGGAUAUACUCACUGUUGGUUAUCUUCGACUGUGAUGACUGGUUCCUGUUUAUACAGGUCUCGUAGCAACUGGGCCUGGUUCUUUCUGCUGUCUUCAACGUCUAUGGUGAUCUUGUAGUGAAGCAGCUGGACGAUGGUGCAGGUUGGAAUUGUCUGGUGGAUGUUUUCAAGUGAUAUUUGGUAGUAGGAUCAUUCCGUUGUUAUGGUAAUCCUGUAGGUAUCAAUGUGGGUAUGGUAUUCUUUCCGUGGCACAUGGUUAAUUUAAUUCCAGUUUGGUGUUAUUGUAGAUGAAGGUUUUUUAUUCAUUCAUAGCUCCCAUGUAUGUUUCAUGUAGCCUCCUAUUGGCGUAGUAGCAUUCAAGCAGGUCUAGGACUUAGCUUUGGGAUAGUUUGUUUCAGUAUCCCAUUUGUCAUCAGCUUGCACUGGUUCCUAGCAUCUGAUAUAGACAGUGUUACUCUCAUUAUUGAGGUGGGAUGGGUUAUUAUUGAGGUUAGGUCACUUACUGGUUUGACAAAAUUGCUGGGGGGGUUUUAAUGACAAAAAUUCUGACUAUAGGAACACUAUAGUCACCAGAAUUACUACAUCUUAAUAUAGUUGUCAUGGUGUCUAUAACCUGUGCCUGCAGGCUUUUCAAUGUUUACAUUGCUGCCUAGUAACCCCUCUAGUGUGUCCAUCUUAAUACUGCACAUUCUUGAGCACCUACAUUCAGCGUUUCCACGCUCUGCGUGGAGGUGCUGGACAUUCCCCAUAGAGAUGCAUUGUAUUAAUGCAUCUCUAUGAGGAGAUGCUGAUUGGUUCUGCAUAUUGCAGCGGAUGCUCAAUAGCUUCCCAAUGUUUGCCUAUAAAGAUUGAUAAUCUCUGCUAUGGAGGCAAAUACAGAAAUAAAAUGAAUUUUUUUUAAAUAGACUCUCUCCUGUUUCCUACAUUUUGUGCACAGGACGGUGUCUUCCCCAGGAUCUAUUGGGACAGGGCAGCAGCAGGUGACAGUGGGAGUGGGCUGCCGCUAGUAAAGACUUCCUGCUCCCCUCCUUUAUCCCCAUGCAGCUCUCAGCGUGCUGGGAGGAAGUUAAGAGAACUUUCUUCCUCCCAGCGCUGAGGUAGCUCACGGAAAUGUGUAGGCGGACUGGAGUCCCGCUCUGUGGAAUGGGGGUAGACGGCAAACAGAGCAGUCAUUACCUGUGCCGGGAGCAAAAAAAUUACAGUUCACUUCCUGCCGGCGCACAGAGAGCUGCACGGGGAUGGAGGGACCAAGCUUACAAAUCCAAGCACCAGAACAAAAUUCUUAGUCGCCAUGGAGACCUGGUGUCUGGGAUUUUUCAAACACUGCUAACCAGUGUGUAUGGAUGUAUAAAUGAAAUUAUGCUUCAACACCUCUUAAAGGGAUUCUGUAGGCACCAAAACGACUUUAGCUUAAUGAAGCGCUUUGGUGUAUAAAUCAUGCCCCUGCAGUCAGCGCUUAAUUCUAUGCCAUUUAGGACAUGCAUUACUUUGUUCUUGCAGUCUGUGCAUGUGACCUACACAGCCUUCCUAAACAUUUACUGUAAAGAGAGAUCUAAUGUUUAAAUUUCCUUUACUGCACAGUGUGUUUCAUUUAGAAUUUCGUAUCUCCUGCUCCGCUGAAGUCUCAUUUGUUAUUUAAAGUUUAAGUAACGGAGCAGGAGAUAAACAUUUCUAAGGUAAGACAUACCUCUGUUACUGGUGACAUGUUUAAUGGAAGCUUGUGUCUCUUCUUAAUUCCUGCACUAUUAUUAUUUUUUUUUCUCCUUCUCUCUCUUUCUCUUCAUCCCCCUCCCUUUGCAGGAUUAGAGCAUGUGCUCUGAACUGGUUCAAUGGUCUAAUCAAAGGCUUCUCUAUGAGCUUUGAUUGGAACUCUGCGUAGCUCCUAUGAUGUCACAAGGCACACCUAAAGAGUAAUGCCCAAUAGGGUGUUAUUUGUUUAAAUAAAAAUAGUGUUGGAGUAACCCCGAAACGGUAGAGAAUUGAGCAGAGAGACUGCAGGGGCAUGAUCUAUACACGAAAACUGCUUUAUUAAAGGGUUACUCCAAUUACUAUGACCACUUCUGCUUUUAGUUACAUUCCCGGUACAUGUGACUCGGAAUUCUGUUCCGGAUUGGCAAAUGUCACUUCUGUGCAAAAAUUAAGUCCGUUGACUGCGCACACUAAUUGCUAAAAAUGGACAUAACUGACUACUUCAGAGCCUGCGAGUGGACGCAUUUCUCACAUACCUACACUUCCAUUAUUAUUAUUUAAACAAUUUCCCUGCAUCAUUCCCUCCUUACCUCGACUACUCAAAGCACACUGAGACAGGUAUAUGGUCCAGUCAAAGGUUUCUUUGUGAGAAGCCUUGGCUUGUUACACACAACGGCUAACAGGAUGUCAGACGGUGCCAGGAGCUGAUCCUGGUGCUGGAUUUUAGGUAAGCCUGAUUUAUUAUUUAAACAAUAGUGCUCACCUUUUACAUAAAGAUUCACCACCUAUAACAUAAGCAUGCAAUUUUGCUUACCCCUCUAUCCUGGGUAAGGCAGGGAUCUACACAGAGUACAUAAACAGAGGAAAAAGAAAUGCAUACUUAGUGCAUAUGGUGUUUAUAGGGAAUAAACGUUAUAAGAAAUAUCCAGAUCCACACACAAGGGCGAGAGACUGAAAGUACUGGCUCAGUAGAAACUGCUUAUGUGAUUUAAAGGCAGCAUCACACCUCCUCUGCCAUAAAAUGCCGGGAUCAAACAUAAAGAGCAAAUACUCCAAUAGUUUAAUGUGCAUAAACUGCAUUAAACUUUUUUUCACUUAACAAUAAAUUAGGUGUUAAACUCACCAUAUUCAAAGCCUAAAAACACUGGCUCUGAGUUUGGAAGGGAUGGUGCCAGUUUAAUUUUUUAUUUUUGUAGUCCAUGAAAAUGGUACAGGCAGGCUUGAGGUGCCCCAAAAGCAGUCCUCAGGCUAUUUCCUCGCUUUACAUGCGGGGCAUACGAAUAACCGGCACAAUUUUAUAUUAUUAACAGGUUUAGUCGCUUAGAUCCUACUUUAAACUGUUUAGUUAAGCUAUACAUGUAAUGCUGUAUCUUGCAUAACUAGCUGGCAUGGAUACGUCUAUGAUGACAUUUCCGUUCUAUACACAUUGAUGAGAGUACUAGUGUUUCUUCAGGCUAUAGAUAUGUAAGUUAUGAUUAUACGGCAUGGCAUUAAACUAAGCAUAUUAAAGGUACAGUAGUUGCUGAAUUCCUAGCUAAUCUUGGCACAUGUAAUCACAAUAUCCAUUCGCUAGACAUUGAUUUAUAGCUCCCUCGGGUGAGCCGACCAGUAAUAGAAUCAAAAGAAAAAAGAGUAGAUUAUAUUUUCCAGCAUACUUUCGAGAGAGUUCAAUAGGGGCAUAGAGAGCUGUGUGGCAGUUGGUUCUAUGCCUGGCUUUGAGUCUGAGUACCUUUUGGGGUCAGCCGAUGCCACAUUUGGGCUGGGUAUAUGUUCCCUGCGGUGGUCGGUGCAGCUGGUGUGUUCUCCCUGCUGCUAAGAAGUUGAUAUCCCCUGGAUCAAGCAGGGUUGCUGUGGGUGUUGAGUGUAGCUCCAUCCAAGCUGUGUGUCGGGUAAGGGUGCCCCUCAGCUUUACUCGUCCUAUCUGAAGAGGUCUGGUGCUUGGUGUCGGCGGGUUCCUCUGCUUCACUGCCUUUGCUGGGGGAGGCAAGUACUUGACCCUCCGCCGCCUUCUUGCUGCUGUUGUCUUGGGCCUUGUGUCAUGUCUCUGCCCCUGCCCGUUCGCGUCGUCGUCACCCUUGUGGUGUGUUUGUCGGCUUGGUUGCGCUGCUGUUUGUCCCCGUUUGGUUUCCUUUGGGGUGCCCCGAGGAGGUGUAGUCUGUGGUGGAUCAGCAGACUCCGAGGGUCUCAUGUGGGCUUCCAGGGACUCCCAGAAAGUCACGAAGAUGCCGUUCAGCCGCAUCUCAGUUUCCCACCAUGCUUUAGAUGCGUCAGCGGUGUGUGAGGCUUCCGCCAUCUUAGAGACCGCUGGGUCGGUUGGUUUCGAGCUCCACGUGGCCGAUACAAGCCCAUUGCUCUGCCAGGGGGUGGGAUGGGGGGGAUGACUAGGGCUAGCAUUCAGAUUCCCGGUAUGGCAUUGUCGCUGGGGAGCGUCCUUCUUCCCCGCGCCCGCCAUGCUUGUUGCCCGCCUUGUGAGAUGUGCCAGUUUAUGGGAUGGCACUGACUCAGCUGGUGACUCCUGGAAUUGAAGAUCUGGCUGGACAACAGAUAGUCCUGGAUAAACAAUGUAUUGAAAAUAAAAAGAAUAAACCGCUAUAUUAUCAAGAAAUAAAAUCCAAUAUUGCACUUGGAACAAAAGUCUGUAUAACCAAUGCCAAAACGUUUCAUUCCAAUGAGCUUCCUCAGUCAAAUACAGUCCUUUAAGCUAAAGUUGUUUUGGUGAUUUUAAUAUUCCUUUUAGUAGGUAAAUCACUACUUGUAUCCUUUUAUACCCAGCAAUAGACCUGUAGUAUUCUUUCUAAGAUCUAAAUAUAGUUAUAUUGAUAAAUAGUACAUCUUCUUGAAGCAUCACUACUCUGGUUCCUGGGCAAACACGUUCUUUUCGACUGGGUUUUAUGGAUGUGAAAAGUAUGAUUUUGAUAACUUGCUUGCUUAUAUAUUGGUAUACUCUAUAUACCAUAAUAUAGAGUACAAUCCACAAGUAUUUUGGCAGUAUUUGUCAACAUUUUUGACUGAAAGUGAAAUAAUGAUGGUUAUUCAUUCAAGAGAAUAUAGUAAAGAUGUGAUACACCUUCAAUGUAAGUGCAGUUUAGAACAGCACCGCCCCAUUUAUUUAUUUUUCUCUCAGAAAGGUAGAAUCUUUAUGAAAUAGUGAAAUAACAGGGAGUCAACUGUUCAGCAGUGAUACAGGACCUAGAGCAGAUAUUGCAAGCACCAUAACCACGUCAAUCCGUACAGUGUCUUUUUAAAUUCAGAAAAUCAACUGUCAUUCUAACUAGUCACCUCCGUCUUGGCUCCCAGUCUAUAAAUGUUGCCUUUUCUGCCUUUGAACAUUAAAAGCAAAUUGUUUGCUAAGAUAAACAGGAAAGUGGAAGCCUGAGGAACACUCGUACUGGGGUUAACCCAAAGAUUGGAGAAGUAAACAAGAGAAAGAAUGAGUGUCCUUAAAAAAUAACUUUUAAUAGUAAUUCUAAAAUAUAAUCAAAAUUUCCUAAAUAGGAAUAAUAUAGUGAUAAACUAAGGUAUAUACAUGGAGAUUUUACACGAAUAUAAUAAUAAACCAAGGUAUAUACAUAUUAUAGUUAAUAACUUAUCAGUAGGAAAAUAUGUGAAGACGCCCUGUAAGCCUCAAAUAAGUAGGGUACGUGGCAAAGUAUUAAGAAGUCUUAUCAAAUGGUAUCUGCACAGUAACAAUUGUGCAUACCACAGUGACUAGUGAUUGGCACUGGCUAUAAGGAAAGCCUUAUCAAAUGGUAUUUGCAUAGAGACGUUUUUGCAGAUCACAAUGGUUGGUGGUUGUCACUGGUAAGCACAAAAUAAUAAAUAACUGAAGUGUGUGUAUAUAUACAUAAUAAACUGGUUUAUAAAUAAAGUAUAUACAGUAGAAAAAAUAAAUAUAUCAAAUAUCUUUGAAGUACCUAACUCAUAAAUACUAAGCGAUAUAUAUACAAUACACUUAUGAAGUGAACGCCGGUUUGUUGAGUGCAUGAUCUAACGCUUUACAAAAAUGUUGCUGCAGAAAGCUCAAAGUGCAGCUUCUGUGGGUAACAGAAAGUGUAAAGCCACUAAUGCUAUGGGGAUAGGAUAAUAUCUGAUUAGAAGUGUACUAAGUCACACUGACUAAUGAAAUGGCUAGAUACCAAAUAGUAUAUAACUUAAUACCCCAGAAUAGUCAUAGUCCAUAGUCAGGGCCGUCUAUAAUAUGAAUAGGACCCUGGGCAAAGAAUUUUGUUGGGCCCUGCGACCCUCCCAAUCCCCCCUUGCCCCAAUUACGCCCAACCCCCAAUCACACUGACAUACUGACACAUACACACAGACAGACAUAUUAAAACAUUCACAGAUACAUACUGACAGACACAUACACUGACACACAAAUAUAUACUGGCAGACAUAUUGACACACAUUCAGACAUACUGACACACACAUACACACAUACACUGACAGAAAUACUGACACACACACAUACACUGAGAGAAGUAUUGACACACACACAGACAUGCUGACACACAGAGGCAUACUGAUAUACACACACUGACACAGACAUAGUGACACAGACAGACAUAGUGACACACACACGCACACAGAUAUUUGACACACGCACACAGACAGACAUUUGACAUACAGACACAUUUGACAUACACACAGACAUACUGACAUACACACAGACAGACAUACUGACAUACACACAGACAGACAUACUGACAUACACACAGACAGACAUACACUGACAUACACACAGACAGACAUACACUGACAUAAUUUUGACCACACACACAGGCAUGCUGACAUAACACACACACACAGGCAUGCUGACAUAACACACACACACAGGCAUGCUGACAUACUGACAGACAUACUGUCUGACACACCCACAGACAUACUGACACGCACAGACAUACUGACGUACAUUUAGCCACCCUCCAACCACCCUUACCUUUUCUGGAGAGUGGUUUCCCUGGGGUCCAGUGGCAGGCUGAGGCAGUUGGGAGUUCUCCUCUGAAACUCCUCUCCUCCCUGCCUUCCUCCUCCCGCGCGGCUCUGAUCUCUUGUAGGAGGAAGUGACGCGCGGCACUCACUUCCUCCCAGCCGGCUGCCAAACAGGAAGGGGCCCGGUCGCGCUGUUUAAGCGUCACAGCGCCCGACCGGGCCCCUGCUGACAAAUGCCCACCAGGGGGCCCUUAGUGCAUGGGCCACCCGGGGGCCCUCUUUAGCGUGUGGGACGAUGCGGCUGCGCAAAUCGCGGGGCCCACAGGGCAGCUGCUCUGGGGGCCCCCAGGAGCAAUUGGGCCCGGGGCAGCUGCCCCAUUUGCCCCGCGCUAAAGACUGCCCUGUCCAUAGUGGUAACACAUACUCGGAAUCCUGAGACAUAAAGAUCCAUUCUAAUUUUACUUAAGGUAAGUAUAAAAUCUCAGGAACACAAAGUUCCCCUGACACGCACGUUUCGCCCACAACUCAUCAGAGGGGAACCGAUGUGUACGAACUGACCGAGGUUAUCUAGUGGAGUGACUACUCUGAUAGGUAAGUUCGAAAAACGUCAUCCUAGGGUCGACCAAUUAGAAUUGAAUUGAUUAAUGACAUAAUAGAGUAGUCUAAGUUAACCCUCAUAAUUGCCAGAAAGGAAUUGUUAACCCUUGUGGGUCUGACAGAUCAAUUUGAAAAAAAUGGAAAGUUAUUAUUGAGAGUUAAAGACUAAACCAUUACCUCACUUGAGUAUUAUCGUGCAGUACCUUAUCAUUUAAAAUAAUGAGUAAGGAGAAAUUAAAGAGGGGAAGUAACGUCCUAGCAUACUGUUGAUCGCAUAUCUAACACUAAUAGAUAGAUAUCUAAUGUUGAUUGAUAAGAAAGGGGGUGGAAAAAAACAAGGUGUGUAAAUGUUUUUUUGUAGAAGAAGGAGGUAGAAACAGAAUAAAUAAAUGCAUAAACAAAGGGGUAUAAAACUUAACUAAAAUCUGUAUUGGAUAGUAACCAAACUCUAAAUAAGAGGUUUGAUCCUAUAUGUGACCAUACAUAUUAUUCCCUAGACCCUCUAAUUAGACAGAAUUCCACUGAAAUUAACGAGAGUUUUUUUUUGAUAUACAAAAUCUGUACAAACAACAAAUUAAGGGCCAUUGGGAAAUUAUCUGUUUACAAAAAUAUGUUAUGCGGCCAAAAAUUCACGGGGAACACCGAGACGGAUGAACCCGGCCUACACACCUGCAUAAGCCUGCAUGAGGACAGCUGCAGAUAGAGAACAGACGCCUGAUUGCAAGGCCCGAGAUACAAACACACCAGCUAUGCGGACACUGGGGGAGAUCUCCACGGGUGAGAGCGGCGGCCCCGCCCCCCCCCCGGCCGGAGGGGGUAAUCCCGGCUACAUGGAGGCUGCACGCCCUGGGGUGGACGCAACCACCCGGGGUGCUCGCUGACCUCCUGCACAGGCACUGGCUGCCAAACUGCGGCCCGCCAGAUAUCUACACUCGAAAGACAGGGACGAUUAUUGUCUGCGCUACAGGAUUAACGCGCACCCUGAACUUAACGGCCUACAACAGUCCUGCCUUGCCAUCAGAAGCUGUCCUGGUGAUACAACACCCACGGAUGAAGUGGGGCCCCGGAGGCGAUGCACGUGGGUGGGGGAGCCAGGCGGGAUGCUGCUGCGGUGUCCUUGGGGCCCACUGGCCGGAUGCCGCGACCCUUGGACUAUGCCCUGCGAAGACCGAAGUGCCGUCACCUGUGGGUUUGAGGAGGACCUGCAGGCAACUGUCCCCGACGCUGUGAGCCCUCGUGGAGCGGAACGCGGCGGCCCCCGGCGGACCGGUGGCUGUGGGGAGGCUGGCGCCCGCCCCGAGUGGCCGGAGAAGGGUGAGACACAGGACGGCCUUCACCCUGACCAUCUGGGGCCCCAGUGGUGCAGUGGGGGUGCAGGGGAUUACUGACUGGCACACGGACUUUAGGCGGUGGGUCCUGUGGACUGAUGGGUCCCCGAGUGCCCGCUGUGCUGCAGAUCUCCCGGAUGGAGGCUUGGCGCGGCCUAGGGGGAUGCCGCGGAGGCCUGGCGCCCCUGGGAUCAGCCGCAAAGGCAUCUGCAGUCGGUUCCCCCCGCUCGGGGGGGUCGUAUCCGUGGCCCUUCAAUGCCUGUGGACUGAGUUGAUACACGCUGCUAAUGACAUGCAGCAGUAAAUGUUUUUUUUUGUUUUUGUUUUUUGUUUAUUCACCAUAUAAAGCUGUACAUUAUGCAGCAUCAUGUCCUUAUCUACGUUAUGCUCCUGUCUUAUGCUUGAUGAUCCUUGAGGACUGAAAAGCAUCAGUGAUAUGUUUAUGCUAUAAUGCUGCCUGUUUAAUAUAUUUUUCUAGUCUUGCUCACACUGCCCAUGCAGCAGUGCCUAUAUGAGCAUUCUUUACGGAACAACCUGCUUACAGUUUAACCGUUCAUUGUUUAUUUUCUAGAUGUGUUUGUAAUCACGCACGUACAGAUUUUGUGGGUCCUAUCUUGUGGGACAUCGAUUACCUCUUACCUGAGGGCACGAAUUAAAGACUUACAACAUACUACCCUGUUAAACGUAGGGAGAGGAAGUUAUACAGCAACCAAAUAAGCCCCUAAUCCCCCAUUACCUAAUCCUUGAAUGUCAUGUUAACAUCUCAGAGUGAAAUACUAACCCUUUCUCUGAUUUCCUAAUGACGGGCCCUUGUGUUAUACCAUAGUUUAAUCCCACCCUGCCAGCAUAUGGGGACUCACUAAUGGGUUGCUGCGUAUUGUUUAACCAAAUAAAGUUGAGAAUAGGCAUAAAACAUUAUUUAACUGGACCCGUUAUAAUUCAGCGUAGACAACAGUGCAAAUACCUCGGUUCAGAUUUCGCUAAACAUUGUACCGCUAACAUAAGCUGACUGAAAAAUAAGAUGCAGAGAAUGAUCUCUUCUCGCCAAUGUUGGAACGGAUAUGCAAUAUGACUUUGUUUAACCUUAGUUAUGUUACUUGUGUUCACAUAAUCUAACCUUUCUGCCUUACUAGGCUUUGACUGUUCUCAUUCGAUAUAAAAUGCACUCUGUGGCAUAUGCCUAUGUCGAAAAGUUUACUAUGCUCAUUUGUCUCCCCUGCGUGGGAUGACUGCUUUUCUUAUGCACCAAUAAACUUAUUCAAAACAAAAAUAUGUUAUGAAGAAAAGUUAGUCCCUAGGGGACUAAGAUCAGACAUCUCAAGAUCAGAUAAGGGCAAGACAGAUACACAAAUUAAAGAAUGAAACCACAUUCUGAUAGAUAGCUCAAUUAAACUUAUGGAAUUUCUAAUUACACUUGAGGAAUCUCACUUGGAAAUGGUGAAUAAAAACCUCCAAGUAGAAAUCAAUAAUAUAAAAACUUUCCACUCAGACUUUAAACCAAUGGAAACAAAACUCAACAAUAAUUUAGAAAAUUUUACAAAACAUAUUAGGGAAAAAAAAAUCUGAAAUUUCAACGUGACUAUAGUGAUUUUAAAGAAGGUACCAUCUUCAGACAGAGAAAUAAUUUUGGAAAAAGCUGGAGAAGCAAACAGGACUCUACAACAGGCGACACUGACUGGUCUGAUUCUGAAUCUAGUCCCCGGAGACGUGGUAUCAAUACGAUAAAUACAAAUUACAAUCAACAGGGAAGAAAAGGGAUACCAAAAUCGGUAGAGAAAAACAUUUCUUUUCCAGAUACAGAGUUCUCAAGUCUACCCAUUGUUACCAGUAUCCCAUCUACAUCUUCCCAACAAGGACCAUCUUUUUUAGAACAAGAAAGGCAAACUCAGGGACAGAACAAGAUGGGGCUACAAAAACAACAAAGGAGGUUACAAGAAUCAAUAAAUCAGAACAACAUUGAAGAUCAUUUGAUCAUUAACCUCUCUACCUUUUAAUCUUGAGAAUAAGCACAAAUCUUUGUAAAGCAAGGGCUUGUCAUUUGUUCCCUCUCCUGCAACCAAUAAAUUUUAAUUGGGUAAAGGACACGAAUCUAUUUGGGCGUAAACUCGCCCUUAGUGUCACCCAUAAAAGAAAAGAGAACAAGCAAGCUAAAGAACUAGGCUUAACAUAUGAUGAUCACCAACAUUUACCGAUUGUAAACCCCCUAGUUGGUACACUCCAAAUUUUAAGGAAGUGUCAAGUGUCGAUCUAUUCGUCCAAAUGACGACCAAGUCCAUUGAGUCAAUUCCACUUUCAGAGAAAUUUCAGGGUAACCUUACAAAGGAUGAACGAGAAGCACUCAGGGACCUUAGAGACAACAAAGAGCUAGUUAUCAAACCUUCGGAUAAAGGUGGUAACAUUGUGAUAAUGGAUCUAGGUGUCUACAUUGAGUUGUGUAUGGAACAUCUUAGGGACACCUCUCAAUAUAGAGCUUUAUCUCAGGAUCCCACUACUUCAUUCCUCACUAAACUUCGAAGUCUCCUCACUCAGGCACUAGAUAGCAACAUAAUCAGUAAAGAAGAACACCAUUUUAUGAUUCCUAAUCAUAACCCUACCAUCCCCACAUUCUACUGUCUACCAAAAGUCAAUAAAUGUCUCAAGAAGCCUCCAGGGAGACCCAUUAUCUCUGGCAACAAUUUUGAUUGAAAAGGCCAGUAAAUUCUUAGAAAAAUUACUUCAUCCAUUUGUGACCAAUUUAGAAUAUAUAAGAUCCAAAGCAAACUCUUCUGACACUGGAGAAUCUUGUAGUCCCCCCAUACACACUUCUUUCAAGUUUGGACGUUGUGUCCUUAGAUAACAACAUCCCCCAUGAUAAGGGGUUAUGUGCCACAUUCCACUUUUCAUAAGUCUACCAAGUACAGUUUGGAACAAAUUGCAUUUAUAUUCUCUUUAUUGCAGUUUGUUUUAACUCACAAUUAUUUUGUGUUUGAUGGGAUUUAUUAUCUUCAAUUACAUGGCACAGCAAUGGGCACGGCUUGUGCCCCAAGUUACACUAACUUGUAUCUUGGGUGGUGGGAAGAAACAAUUCUUAAAGACAUCACUUUAAACCAAUAUCAGAACUACAUUCAUAAAUGUCUAAGAUAUAUUGACGACAUUCUGAUAUUUUGGACUAGUUCCAUUACCAACUUUACAGAUAUAGUUGAAGAUCUUAACAACCAAAUUGGAUUAAAACUCACAUACGUUAUCCAUGAAUCUCAAUUAGAAUUCUUAGAUCUUAGAAUCCUAACACCGAACUAUUUAGGAAAAGUACAGCAUCAAACAGCCUUUUGCAUUGGCAGAGUUUCCAUCCAUAUCGCCUAAAGGCAAGGGAUACCAUAUGGACAGUACCUGAGGGCAAGGAGAAACUGCUCAAACGAUGAGUCUUUCUAAAUCGAGGCCAACAGACUGCGAGUCAGAUUUAAGAACAAGGGAUAUCCUAACAGGUUACUGAAAAAAGCACUUCAGAGAGUCCUAAAUCAAGACAGGAGCAACAGCCUUCGGUCAACCAGACCCACUUCUACCAAUCAGAUGAUAAGAUGCAUAGGUACGUUUCACAAACAGUGGCAACCCUUAAAGGAUAUAUUUUCUCUACAUUGGCCCAUCUUACAAUAAGAUACAGAUCUUGAUCCCCAAUUAAUGGCCUAUCCAAACAUCACAGCACGUAGGUCAAAAAAUCUUCGUGACAUUCUAGUGCACAGCCAUAUAGAAAGAAAAUCACCUUCAAAAAGUUGGCUCACAGCACCAAUGGAGAUUUUUAGAUGUGGCCACUGUAAGGCCUGCCCUUUUGUCAAACCUUCCAAAACAGUGAUAUGUGAAAACCAUAAAAAAAGAAUUCAGAAUUAAUCACUUUAUGGAUUGUAGCACCACCCUAGUGAUUUAUGUGAUAACCUGCACUUGUGGAAAGCAAUAUAUUGGGAAGACCUAAAAAGAAUUCAGAAGACGCAUAUUAACUCUGUCAAUAAUCCUAAUUUGGUCACCUCUGUUGCAAAUCAUAUUUGAAAUUUUCAUGAUGUGAAUGCGAAACACCUGUCAUACCAAGCCCUGGAAAAAGUCAUUUUGAAUUCCCAAAAGGGAAUUUUAACCUGAUACUCUUACAGAAAGAGUCCAGAUGGACUUAUGAAUUUCAAACAAUUACACCUAACGGCCUUAAUGAAGAAUUUAAUUUCACCCCUUUUAUACAUUAGUUUUCUUAUGGUUCACUAGUCAGUUAUUUUACGUUGUUUUUGUCUCAUCUCUCUCAAGGACAUUUGGCUGAUAAAACUUCACAUUUGUGUAAAUAUUCAAGUUUUUCUAUUACUCUUUAUUUUUAAUGUCAAUAUAAAUAUUUCCCAAUAUUGUCGAACGCUUAGGAUACUAAAACUCUUACAAUAACUUACUGGCAAUUUAUUAAGUUUGAUAUCUAUAUUUAAGCACAUCUCACAGCCAUUUAUCCAUUAAGUAGAGUUUUAUGUCUUCUGUAUUUUCCACCAUAACCCACUAUUGGCAAUGAAUGGACCAAUAUUGAUAUUAAAAUAAAUUAUGUAGCACAUUUUUUGUAAUGUGUAUUGCUACUAAUAGUAAACUACGGCUGCAAUAAUUGGAAAUUAUGACAUCUUAUUAAUCUUAGUGUUAGGAGUGCGAAUUAUAGGCACCUUUGACUUAUUCAGUCGUAUGGUCCUAAUUAUAAUUAUACGUUCUAUACAUUUUUGUAUAUUUUCCACAGAGACUUAAUUGUCACAAUAUAAAAAAAAUUAAAAUUUGAGACAUCGAUUAUCUUUUAUUAUCCUCUACAAGGUUUCAUAUCAGUCAGUACCUUUAUCUCUUCAUUACUAAAACGAAAUUAGGGUAAAGUUUAAACUCCUCUAACAAUAUCAGUAACAAUUCCAUGGUGGAUAUAUUAAGGAUGGAAAUUUAGUGUGAAUAUACAUAGACAUGUAUAUAGCCUUAUGUAGGUUCUAUGUCAAUAUUGUUACCAUGUGCAGUUACAACGCGGACACGUCGCGCGACCACUAUGGCACAGUAUACAUUUACUGGAUGAUUUCUAUACUGUCAUUCUUAAGAGUAAAUCUACCUGAUGGUUAUUUUUCGUAGUUUUCGUUUCAUCUCUAACAAAGAUCCAUGGCUGGCGUAGCCCGACAUUUGUGGAAGUAUCAAUUAUCUUCAUUACCCUUUAUCAUUUAUAAAUAUCUCUAUGUAUAUGUGUAUAUGUAGAUGUGUGUGUGUGUGUGUGUGUGUGUGUGUGUAUGUAUGUAUGUGUGUAUAUGUAUGUGUAUAUAUAUAUGUAUACACACACACACACACACACACAAAUUACGUAGCAAUACUCUUCUGAUACUAUGUAUGGUCACAUAUAGGAUCAAACCUCUUAGAGUUUGGUUACUAUCCAAUUUGUAUUUUGAUUUAUGAUUUGGAGAGAACUGUUAAGUAAAACAAUUAUAAUUAUCAUUUACUGUUAACAAUACAGAUUUUAGUUAAGUUUUAUACCCCUUUGUUUAUGCAUUUAUUUAUUCUGUUUCUACCUCCUUCUUCUACAAAAAACAUUUACACACCUUGUUUUUUUCCACCCCCUUUCUUAUCAAUUAUCAACAUUAGAUAUCUAUCUAUUAGUGUUAGAUAUGCGAUCAACAGUAUGCUAGGACGUUACUUCCCCUCUUUAAUUUCUCCUUACUCAUUAUUUUAAAUGAUAAGGUACUGCACGAUAAUACUCAAGUGAGGUAAUGGUUUAGUCUUUAACUCUCAAUAAUAACUUUCCAUUUUUUUCAAAUUGAUCUGUCAGACCCACAAGGGUUAACAAUUCCUUUCUGGCAAUUAUGAGGGUUAACUUAGACUACUCUAUUAUGUCAUUAAUCAAUUCAAUUCUAAUUGGUCGACCCUAGGAUGACGUUUUUCGAACUUACCUAUCAGAGUAGUCACUCCACUAGAUAACCUCGGUCAGUUCGUACACAUCGGUUCCCCUCUGAUGAGUUGUGGGCGAAACGUGCGUGUCAGGGGAACUUUGUGUUCCUGAGAUUUUAUACUUACCUUAUGGAAAAUUAGAAUUGAUCUUUGUCUCAGGAUCCCGAAGUUACCACUAUGGACUAUGACUAUUCUGGGGUAUUAAGUUAUAUACUAUUUAGUAUCUAGCCAUUUCAUUAGUCAGUGUGACUUAGUACACUUCUAAUCAGAUAUUAUCCUAUCCCCAUAGCAUUAGUGGCUUUACACUUUCUGUUACCCACAGAAGCUGCACUUUGAGCUUUCUGCAGCAACAUUUUUGUAAAGUGUUAGAUCAUGCACUCAACAAACCGGCGUUCACUUCAUAAGUGUAUUGUAUAUAUAUCGCUUAGUAUUUAUGAGUUAGGUACUUCAAAGAUAUUUGUGCAAUACUUCUUUCUAUUUUCAUUAAUAGAUGCUGGUUACUACUGUUUCUGCUUAAUUAGGAAAUUUGUUACUGUAUCCUUUUUUCCUAACCGUUGUAGUUAUGUUACACUGUGGUCUUAGUAUAAACUUGUUAUUGUGCUGAGACACACUUUAUCAUCAGCUCAAAGCGACAAGCCUCUAUGGAUUGCAAAACUCCAUUUUGCACACAGUUAUCGGGUGAAGGUUUCUGAAAACUUUUGAACAGAACCUUCCAACUAUUAUAUACUCCAGACAGUAUUUUAACACUGCACCUUCUAUUAUUAUUUUUUCUACUGUAUAUACUUUAUUAACCAGUUUAUUAUGUAUAGAUACACUUCAGUUAUUUAUUAUUUUGUGCUUACCAGUGACAACCACCAACCAUUGUGAUCUGCAAAAACGUCUCUAUGCAGAUACCAUUUGAUAAGGCUUUCCUUAUAGCCAGUGCCAAUCACUAGUCACUGUGGUAUGCACAAUUGUUACUGUGCAGAUACCAUUUGAUAAGACUUCUUAAUACUUUGCCAUGUACCCUACUUAUUUGAGGCUUACAGGGCGUCUCCACAUAUUUUCCUACUGAUAAGUUACUAACUAUAAUAUGUAUAUGCCAUGGUUUAUUAUUAUAUUCGUGUAAAAUCUUGAUGUAUAUACCUUAGUUUAUCACUAAAUAAUUCCUAUUUAGGAAAUUUUGAUUAUAUUUUAGAAUUACUAUUAAGUUCUUUUUUAAGGACACUCAUUCUUUCUCUUGUUUGCAAAUUGUUUGCUUCUCAGCUUGCACAGUUUUCCUUAAUUGUAUUGUGUUCUAUCUGUGAAAUGAACUGUAUUGUUAUGGUACUUGCUAAAUUUUUACAAAUUUCCAAUUAAAAUCAAUCACAUGAAUGAUGAGGUAAACACGUGUUGGUGAUUUGCACAGGAUUAUUCAAUAAAUAUAGAAUUCAAAGUGAAAUUCAACUUUUAGCUUAAAAUAGCUAAAUUUGGAAAUAUUUGGAAGUCAACUAUGCAUUUAAUUUGGCUGCUCUAGUCUUAAAUUUGAAAUUCACUUUGAAUUCUCACUUUAGUAAAUAGCACUGUCAGUGUUUUAUUAAAUUGUGUAAUUUUCAGCACAUUGCAAUUUAUGGCACAUGUUGGACUGACUUGGGUUUUUUAACUCUGUGUUCUCUUUUAUUUAAAACUCUAAUUUAAAAAAGUUAGCUAUAUAUAAAGACUUGUUGAUUAUUGUUUUUGUUAACCAUAUGUUUAAUGUCAUUGUGUAGGUGAGCACCUUUGAAAAUGCCAGGCCAAAAAUUUGAAAAUGGUCAGGAUGUAAUGGGUCGAUGGCCAGGAAGUAGCCUUUACUACGAAGUAAAAGUUGUAUCAUUUGAUGUCCCUUCUCAACUAUAUACAGUGCGUUACAAGAAUGAUGGCACUGUAUUUAAACUUAAAGAGGCUGAUAUGAAGGUAACUGUUUGUUUUGAUCACGAUAACUUUUUUUAUCUUUAUUUCCAUUUUCAGCAGGAAAGAAAUGUAAUUGUUAUAUUUUCAAAUUAUUGUUCAAGUAAAUUUCUAUUUAGUAUUUCCUUUACUUUCUGUGUGUGGCCAGGGAGGAGGGAAUAAGGACCUUGGGUUAAUAUAAAUAUUGUGUGUGUGUUCUUAUUCAUGUACACCAGCCGGAAGGAAAGGGGUUGGGUCCCGGUUAGUGUCCAGGCCACAGCCCUGGAUGAAACACAGAGCAUCGACAAGUACAAUCACGAAGAUGGCUUUCAAAGUUGAAUUGCUAAGGCAAUGCCUGAGACUUCAUCAGAUAGAGAAUGCAGAAAAGGAGGAGGUUCCAUGGCAAGUCAAAUCUCUCCAUAGGAUGUACAGCCCCAGAUCAAUAGAAUCUGGAGUUUACCACAAGGAAAGACCCAAGGUGCAGACUGUGCAAAGAGGCCUGAGACAAUCCAGCACAGUGGCCGGGUGCAAGAUGUUAUCUGAAACAGCAUACACUGAGAGACACAACAGAGUUCCUGUAAUUGUCUACUGAAACAUCUGCAGAGACCAUGGGCUGGACCUGCCUAAGUCUAGAUAGGGGAUACCACAAAAGGUUGUUGAGAAUGACCGGACUAAGAUUCUGUGUGAUUUUCAAAUAGAAAUGGACAAGCAAGUACUGGCCAAUCAACCUGACAUUGUGGUGGUAUACAAGAAACGGAAGACUGCGGUAGUGGUUGAUGUGGCAAUACCCAGUGACUAUAACAUCAGGAAGAAGGUACAUUAGAAGAUGGACAAAUGCCAAGGACAGAAAGAAGAUCUAGAAAGGAUGUGGAAAGUGAAGGCAGUAAUAGUCCCAGUUGUGAUAUGAGCUCUUGGGACUGUAACUCCCAAGUUGGGGGAAUGGCUUUGACAGAUUCCAGGUGGGACAUCUGAGAACGCUGCCCAAAGUGCAGUUCUAGGAUCAGCGAAGAUACCUCGCAAAACCCGUAGACUCCCAGGCCUCUGGUAGAGGACCUGAGAAUGAGGAAUAAAUAUACCAUCCAGGAGGGGUGAGAGAGUCAAUUAUAAUAAAAUGUACACAUUAGCUAGCACAAGAUUUGUUUUGUGUUCUUGGUAGAAGCCAUCCAAACAACAUAACAAAUGUAGUCCACUGAUGUUGUGAUGCUGUCAAGUCUAUGGUCACUGCCCUCUAUAUCUGUAUGUGGGAGAAAAAUGACAAAAAUGUGCCUCUCGUCAGCACCUGGAAUAUAUCCCUUUUCCUCCUGACCUAAUGUGGAUUUUGCAGUAUAGGUUCCAUUCAAGAUGGUUGGCAGUUAUGGGUUGAGGGUGCUGGGAUGAUCAACCCCCAGUGCUCUGACUACUAUUGCCAUCCAGUUUGCUAUGAAGUGAACCUUGUCAUAGAGUUAAGUUUAUUUGUUCAAAAUAAACUUGAAUCAAUACUUUAUUAAAAAAUUUUGAAUGGAUUUUUUUUUGAAUUUUGUGCAUUUAUGUUGGCUCAAAUGUUGUUUUUUUUCUUUUAUAGCAUCUUAAUGUUUUUCGAAACAAGAAAAGAAGCUCAGUAUCUCCUUCUAGACGUAGAAGUCGGUCAAGAUCUCGAUCACCUGCACGACGUUCAAAAUCUCCAAGUCGUACCCCAAAAAGUGACAACCAGCUACCCAACCUACAGAGCGAGUUAAGAAAGGAGGUGUUAAAGGUUCAGCUAACACCACUGGUAAUACCAUUUUGUCUUUGUUUAAAUGAGGCUGUCUCACAUUAUUUUAUAUUGUGCAUAGGCAUACUUUAGAUUUAAUGUGUUUUUAUUCUUAUUAUUUAAAAAAAAUUUACAUUAAAGGGCUACUCCAGGCCAUGCGUCUUCUAGUGCCACCUUGCUUUACUGUGUUAAAUCAUUUUCAAGUGGUUUAAUGCAGAAGUUCUGUCCCCUUGUGCCCGUCAUGCUGCCGCCUUACUUUUUUCCUCGGUUGCACAGCUAAUAGGGAAACACUGGCGUGACCCACCAGUAGGCUUAGAGCAUCACUGGACUCCACAUUCAUGCUUCCCUGUUAACAUAGCGACCAUGUAGCAGGUAUCAAUUUAUUUGCAGAAAGGUACAAACCCAAAUCUUCUGCGGUUUUCAACACUAUAAUGGAAUAAGGAAUCUUAAGAGAAAUAUAGCUUAUAUGAAUGUGGGCUGCUAAACACCUGCAAUGCUAAUUGUCGUGAAUUCAAGGUGAAUUUCAAAGUUAACGCCAAAAGUAGGUGAACUGAGAAAAUUCUCCAAAUCUACGUUCAGCUCGACUACUUUCGCCUUACUUUUGAAAUUCAUUUUGAAUUUAAAAUUAUGACUUUAUUGAAUUUGUUUAAAAAAAAAAAAAAAAGCUUGCUGCAAAUCAAGACAUGUUCAUAUAUAUAUAUCUGUCUGUCUGUCUAUCUAUCUAUCCAUCUAUCUAUCUCCUCAAAUAACACUAUGGUGGCUGCUUGCCCAAGAUGGAAAUACUUGGGAAGAUUGUGCUAAUCCUUUAUGGAUGCUCUUAGCUUGUUUUAAUUGACUAGGUAAUACAAAUGCCAAGCUAUGUUUUAUCCUAAAUUUUGCUUUGCAUUUGACAUUGUACAAGAUAUAUGUUUCUUCUAAUUUUUAAAUUGCUUUCAGGAGUGUAGAAAUUUAAAAAAAUAAAUGAAAAUGUACUUGUCCAUUGCCCAAUCUAAGUCAUGAAAAUCUACACUAAACAAAAUUAGCUGAACUCAAAGAUCUAAGACUUUUCUAUGUACACAAAAGGCCUAUUUCUCUCAAAUAUUGUUCACAAAUCUGUCUAAAUCUGUGUUAGUCAGCACUUCUCCUUUGCCGAGAUAAUCCAUCCACAUCACAGUUGUGUUAACCUCUACCAUGGAAUAGCCUUCCAGCUGAAGUGGUAGAGGUUAACACAGUAAAGGAGUUUAAGCAUGCGUGGGAUAGGCAUAAGGCUAUAACUAUAAGAUAAGACUAGGGACUAAUGAAAGUAUUUAGAAAAUUGGGCAGACUAGAUGGGCCGAAUGGUUCUUAUCUGCCGUCACAUUCUAUGUUUCUAUGAGAUAUCAAGAUGCUGAGUAGACAGCAUGAUUAUUGCAAAGGUGUGCCUUAGGCUGGGCACUUUAAAAUGUGCAGUUUUAUCACACAGUACAAUGCCACAGAUGUCGCAAGUUUUGAGGGAGCGUGUAAUUGGCAUGCUGACUGCAGUAAUGUCCACCAGAGCUGUUGCCUGUGAAUUGAGUGUUCAUUUCUCUACCAUUAGUUGUCUCCAAAGGCAUUUCAGAGAAUUUGGCAGUACAUCCAACAGAACUCACAACUGCAGACCACGUGUAACCAGCCCAGGAACCUCCACAUCCAGCAUCUUUACCUUCAAGAUCGUCUAAGACCAGCCUCCCGGACAGCUGCUGCAACAGUCGGUUUACAUAACCAAAGAAUUUCUGCACAAACUGUCAAACAGUCUCUGGGAAGCUCAUCUGCAUGCUGACUUCAGUUCGUUGUCGUAACCGACUUGAGUCAGCAAAUGCUCACAUUCGAUGGCGUCUGGCACUUUGGAGAGGUGUUCUCUUCAUAGAUGAAUCCCGGUUUUCAGUGUACAGGGCAGAUGGCAGACAGCGUGUAUGGCGUCGUGUGGGUGAGCGGUUUAUUGAUAUAAACCUUGUGGAUUGAGUGGUCCGUGGUGGUGGGGUUAUGGUAUGGCCAGGCGUAUGUUAUGGUCAACGGACACAGGUGCAUUUUAUUCAUUGCAUUUUGAAUGCACAGAGAUACCGUGACGAGAUCCUGAGGCCCAUUGUUGUGCCAUUCAUCCACGACCAUCACCUCAUGUUGCAGCAUGAUAAUGCACGGCCUCAUGUUGCAAGGAUCUGCAGAUUCCCGGAAGCUGAAAACAUCCCAGUUCUUGCAUAGCCAGCAUACUCACCGGACAUGUCACCCAUUGAACAUGUUUGGAUGCUCUGGAUCGGCGUAUACGACAGCGUGUUCCAGGUCCUGCCAAUAUCCAGUAACUUGGCACAGCCAUUGAAGAGGAGUGGACCCCCCUCCCCCUCUUGGAACUCUCCCAAUACAGUAAAAAUGCACAUUUUAGAGUGGCCUUUUAUUGUGGCAAGUCUAAGGCACACCUGUGCAAUAAUCAUGCUGUCUAAUCAGCAUCUUGAUAUUCCACACCUGUGAGGUAGAUGGAUUAUCUCGGAAAAGGAGAAGUGUUUACUAACACAGAUUUGUGAACAAUAUUUGAGAGAAAUAGGCCUUACGUUUACAUAGAAAAAGGCUUAGAUUUAUGAGAACAGCUCAUAAAAAAUGGGGGGCAAAAACAAGUGUUGCGUUUAUAAUUUUGUGCUUGGCUCAUUAGUGAAUGCCUUACCAUGAGGGUGUGAUUAUUUUGGUUUACCGUUGCCAGAGAUGCUGACAACCUGCUCUCUACCAUAACACUGUCCUCCCCACGUUCCCCUGCCACUUGCAUGUGGCAGAACUAAUAGCCAAUAAAUAUCUGCCCGCCCGGCACCUGGAACUACAUGUCCUGAGUGAUAGGAUUUCAAUGUACAAAUCAAUCAUGAAGGACUGGUAUAAAGAUAUUUGUUUCCUGAGAUCAUAAAGGGCUUACGUGGAAGUUGUCAUUUUCAAAGUAACUGGAAUACAUUUUUGUGGGGUAUUUAUUAUUUUUUGAGAAUAGAAUAAGUACAGAAAAGUAGUCAAAUCAUGGUCAAUGUGAUAAUUGAUAAGUGUUCAGAUUAAAACUCAAUUUUUGUAUUUUAAAUAUCAUACUCCAUAUUAGUGUCAGUCACUUAAUGAGACCCAUUGUUAGACUUGUGUAUUCUUGUAGUUUAACUUUUUGUUUUUCCCUUUUCAAUUUAGAGACUUAAUGAUUAUAAUAUUGGGAAACACAAUGGUGACCCCACGAGAAAUGAACCUAAUGUUUUGCAUCACAGAGUUACUCGGGUAAGUAUGGUAUUUGUUUUUAUAUAUGUCAGAUCUACAGAAUUCAGCAUAUUAAAAUUACAUAUUCUAUUUUAUUAUGGUAAUAAUUGUGUGAAUUAGACCUAAAUCUAUGUAGCUGCUUCAAAAAUAAAAGUGCUGUAAGAAAGAUAGAUGGUGUAGAAGUGCCUCAUCUGGCAACCUCUAGUAAUAAGCCGCUGGUGAGACUAGCAAGGUCCCAGUGAGGCGUGGCCAUGCACAUGACUUUGUAUGGCUAGCUUAAAUACAGCUUUUAGGUAUUUUUUAUUUAUUUAUUAAUUUUUAGCCAAUAUACUCAAAUGACAUUGCAGUAAAGUAGAAGGGAUACCAGUUUAAUUUUACCUUUUAUAGUAGGCAGUGGAUCUGUUACCAACAGUCCUCACAUUUUAAGUUAAUCAACUGUGCUUAAAAAAUGCUAUAUUGAAGAUCCUCAGGCACAUCUGAUGUUAAUGCAAGCUUUUUGUGUAUUACCAGAGAUUUUACACGUGUAAUCAUAAUUAAAAAGACGAGUACCUUUUUGCAUGUGAUCUAAUGUUAAUUAUAACUUUUAAAAACAUUGGAAGUUCACAAGUUCCACCACAGUAAAUUGACACCAUAAUUGUUUGUACAAAGCUUAAUCUCUUUUUUUUUUUUUUUUUGUGUGUGGAUUGUACAAACAUUUGGAAGCUGGAGGGGGGGGGGAGAGAAGAGAUCAUAACUUCUAAAUUAAACACUCUGCCUAUGUAUAAUAGGUUGCAAAUGAACACAAUUUUUCAGGCAGUAGGGAGGCAUGUGAGUCACAGCCAGGGGAGAUGUGACUAGGGCUGCAGAACAGUGAUUUAACUCCUAAAUGGCAGAGAAUGGCAUUAUUUAUACACCAAAACCAUUCCAUCAAACUGUUUUGGUGCUUAGACUGACAUUUUAAUUCUUACAGAUUCCUGCCUGGAGUUUUUUUUCCAUCCUGUAACAUGCAUGGGGAAUAAAUUCUCUAUACUGCAUGGUUUUGAAAAGGUGAAACCAGGUACUUUUUUUCCCUUCUUUUUUUUUAAUGAGCUCUCAAAUUCUUAUUUAGGCAAAAGUGAACGAAGUGAAUGAAAAAAUAUUGCGAUACAGCCCCAUUAGAAAAAAAGAAGAUAUUGUGAUGAAAAAAACUGUUGAUAUCGUAGAACAGAAGCCUACUGAGAAGCCAGUUGAGAAACCUGUUGAGAGGCCGGUUGAGAAACCUGAUUUGAAAACACUGGUUAUGCCUCAUGUGAAGCCUGUUGUGAUCUGCUCAAAGCAGCUGGAGUUUGGAGGUUCAAUAGGUAUGUCCUACAUUGUAACAUUGAUGUAAAUUGUUAAACAUUUUCAACAUAUUCUUUGCGUGAGCUAGGCAGCAUUUUGAGAAUAAUUGUCACCUGGUUAUUACCAGUUUACAUGCACUUUUCUCCAAAUGUCUGUUCAAUGGGGUCUGGUUGACGAGCAUAAGUUUGGAUGCCUUUUGAGCUUUUAUAUAGUAUUUUGCCCAAAAGCAGGGCCCAAUUUACACUUAUCUCACAAAGUGUGAGUGGCAAUUGAACCCAGUGUAAACUGAUUUGGGUGUGGUGUUAAAGCAGCAGAGACUUGGGAAGUUCCAGGAAUAGAGUCUCUGCUGGGAGCACGGAGUACUACGCAGCUGCAGGGCUGUGUUACUUCAAGUUUUAACUAAGUUUGCAGUAUUGGAAAUCAAAAGGUCAUGAAUGGAUAUAAGGUACAUUGAAAGAGGAAUUGGGAUUAUAAAGUAUGUGUAUUAUGUUAAAAGUCUAGGUCAGGGGUAGGCAACCUUUUAGCAGCACUGUGCCGCUAUAGGAUUGUGAUGUCCCGUAGCGUGCCGAUCCUAUUUUUUUUUUUUUUUUAAUUGAGGUAUGUAUGCUGCCGUAUUCUGCUUGUUAUUUUUACUGUAAUUGCUGUGUAUGAGGGCUGCUUGUGGAAUUGUGUGUGGAUGGAUGUGUCACGUUGUGUGUUUGGUAGUGUGUGGGGGCUGUUUAGGGUAUUGCAUGUGAGGCUGCAUGUGGGGAUUUGUGUAUGUAUGUGGAUUGUUAGUGGUGUUGCAUUUGUGGGGAUUGUGUGUUUUUGUGUGUGUGUGGGGGCUGUUCAUAUUAUUUGUAUGAGGUGAGGGUUAUUCUGCAUUUCUGUGUAUUUCUGUUCCAGUGGAGACCAGGCUGGCAAGGUACAGGUCAAGAACAGGAGCUGCGAUAGCUGCUCUACUACAGUGUGGAUUCCCAUUCACAAGUGCUGGGAGGAAGUGAUCCGAGAUCACUGCCUCCUAGUGCUACAAUGCAUAAAUUGAGGAUUGUCCUUCACCACCUCUUCGUAUUAGAUAUCUGAAGUUUUACUGGGACUCCUGAUAGGCCAGAGUGUGUUUGGCUCUAGCAGCCUCGAGUGCCGUGCAUGGCACUAGUGCCGUAGGUUGCCUACCCCUGGUCUAGGUUCUCUAAUGCAGAGUUAAAAACAGAGUCUAGGUUGGUGAAGGCAUUUCCACCGGCUCAAUGUUAAAUGGAAAAUGUGUAGGAAAAAACGAGAAUUACAUAGUGCCAGGGGUUUAUAAAUCAAAGGAAAAAUGGAUUGUAGCAAGAAAGAGGUCGAACAUUCUGCACGUAUGACAUGCGGGGUAAAAGUAUUUUAUAAUUCAACCCAAUAUCAUUUUUACUGUUGAUCAGUUAUUUGAGAUCUAGAUAUUUAUAUAACUCUUGGACUGAGAAGGUUAGUCACUAAGUAAGAAUUGUCAGGAAUUCAUGGUGUAUUUAAAAUGUAGGGCCAAUGUAGCUGUACAUAAUGGACUUGGACAAUAUUUCCUGUUCCUCUAUUUUUGCCUCAAUUUGAAAUUCACUUUGAAUUCCUAACUUUGGUGAAGAAUUCUGACAAUGUAUUUUCAAAGCAGAAAUAUAAUAUAAAUACGACCUCAUCAAUCACCCUUGAACAAUUUUUGAACUAGAAAAUGUUCAGGGAUUUAUUUUAUGUUUUUGCCCCUUUGCUUUGCUUGGAUAUGUUUUUUCCUUUCUAAAGGAUUUGUAUAUAUUUCUUUGUGUGUGUAACAUGAGCAUUGAUGCCAAAAGGUGCUUAAUAUAUUAAUGUAUUAGAAAAUGUUGAGAGUCAAAUUCAACACAUUGAAACCAUAAGCAAGGAUAUGCCUGAACAUAGCCCUCUCUCUAACGUUAAAAUAAAUGCUUUAAAGAGGUAUAAAACGAGAGCAAACUAAUAGUAGUGAGAAAGACAUGCUGGACUUGGGUGUCAAUCACUCUUUGGUUCAGAGAAUUAUUGACUAUAGGUACCCUGAGUUACUACAUCAUAUAUUGCUAUAACUAAAAAUGAUUUUUUUUUUUUUUUUUUGCAGGGGCUGCUUUUAUGAUUUUGUCCAUGCCCACUACAUUGUUCUACUUGCUGAAUAUGUGUCUUCAACAUGAUGCUGAAAAUUUUCUUUCAGAAUUUCAGUUUACAACAUUAUGGGAUCCAACAACUAUGGGAUUUUUUGUCCUCUGGCUGUCUGUGCAAGCACUGUUGUACAUUCUGCCUCUUGGAAAGGUAAACCGAUUGGAAAUGUUCAAAUGCAAAACAUUCUUAGCAAAUACAUUUUAUUUGGUUAACUAAUGGUUAUACUUUGAUAUAUUUAACUGUAUAUGCCAUUAUGUAAGAAUAGAUUGGGUUCUUAAUUUUUCUCAUUGCUGCUCACUCUCCUCUCUGUCAAAUCUUUUUGUCCAUAACGCAAACUGAUGUUGCAUAGUCUCCCAGCUCUAACUACAUUAAGCGACACUAUUGUAUGUGAUUUUGAUGUUCAUUUAACAUUCUUCCAAAGUAAGACUGUGCUGUAAAAAUGAAACUCCACAACCAGGGGAGGAGUCGAUGGGGUUGCAUAAACAGUGAUUUAAUGCCCGAACAGCAGAGAAUCGCUCAGUGAAACAGCAGGGACAUGAUCUACACACUAAUGUACCUUCAUUACCCUCCCCACACUCCUCUGUCACUUACCUUUGUACUGGAACUAUGCCCUCUGUGCUGGCUAGGGUUCGCAUUCUCUCCAUCUCUGCCAGCACGAGUCCCAAUGCGCAUGAGCGCCAAUGGCAGUGCUCUCAUUUGGAUUUCUCAUAGGAAAACCUUAUUCAAUGCUUUUCUAUGGGGGUUUUGGGUGGCGCUGGCCUCCCCAUGCAUAGUGGGGACGUACAGCGUGUUUUCAAAGCUUAAGGGGAUUCCAACCAUAAUUUCAUAACCAUAUAACAAAAACUUUAACCUUUUCAAAUCGUUUAACUUAAUUAGUCUUGGAUGAUGUCUGGUUAUUGUGUGGUCUCCUUUUAUUUAUACAAAUAUUACCUAUCAUACAUAUCUAUACUCCAUAGAGAGAGAAAACCAUUCUAUUUAUGGUACAAGCAAAACAUUUGCGGAACUUGCAGGUCACUAUAAUCCAGGUAUUCAAGUUGAUUAUACCACACAGUUAAAUCCCAUUCAAUAUCAUACAUGGGAUCAAUAAUGAUGUUGCUAAGUGCCACAUGCCUAUUUAGGUAAUUACAGGUUACAACUCCUGGGACUUUGGAUUAAGGUACAAUAAGUGGAUGCAUAUAAAUGGUUACACAGGGUCCAGAGUGAAAGGAUCAAUCAUUGUAAGUGUCUUUAGUAUUUAGUGUCCCUUUAAAAACCAAAUUAGUUAUCCUGUGCAGAAAAUGAUUGACAGAGACCUACAAAAUAAGAUAAAAUCUACUUCUAACCUUUUAAGGUUUCUGUUAAAAGAAUACUCCUAUCCCAUAACAAAACUCAAUUAAGUUGUUACGGGUACAGGAGUGUCUGGGUUCCAUAUUAUCUUCAGGAGUUUAAUGGAUCUGCAGCAUUUUAACUCUGAAGAUGGGGCUCCUGCGGUUCUGCUUCGUUUCUCUAUGUACUGCCGUUUGAGAAAUUUACAAUCCGUAAUAGGCUAACAGCGUCAGCGGACUUUCGCUGACCACCCAUUGAGAGAAAUAGUGUGUUCUUUUUAAAUUGGUUGUUUUGUAUUCAGGUUAUUAACUGAUUUUCUGAAUGUUUGUAGAUUGCUGUUGGUCUGCCUCUUGCGAAUGAGAAGAAGCUGCAGUAUAGACUUAAUGGUAUGUUUUCUUGGAGAAACUUUGAGUAGUGAAGUGAGAAAGUGUAAUCUUUUAGUUCCCUUUCCUCCCUCCUAAAAUGACAACUCUAUUUUGUUUUAAAUGUACUUUGUGAGUAAUGUUUGCAUGUUUCAAAUAAGUACUGAUUAAACUGCCAAAAAAAAAAUGUUAAAUGCUUUGCAUCUUAUUUUUAAAAUUGGGUAGUUUCACUUUAAACUACAUUGGUGUAAUGGAAAAUAAAAUGGUAACAUUUCAUCUUCUAUUCAUUGAGUCUCAUUUCAAUAUCAUGAGCAUUUAUGGGGAGUUUGGUUCCUCUAUGCUUAUGUUAUAUAAUUCAUUCAUCCUGCAAGGCUUUGCAUAAAGCAUUUGCUCCCAAUGAACCACAAGAUCAUUAGUGUGGCUGAGCACUGAUUUUAGACAAUUGGGCUAGAUCCACAGUUUGAAUUGCAGUUCAUCCAAGAUGUGUUAGAUCUGCAGAAAACCACAACCUAAAUUUCUUCAGCCAGCGUCUUCGUCACACAUCUUGAAAAACCAUUUCUGAAUGGAACUUGUUUGUGCACUGUGGCAUUGCAAUUGCACAACAAAUAACUUUCCCUAUAUAGUUCCCAUGAAGUUGAAGUAAUUCUGUUUUUAUACUAAUUGAAAUGUAAAGAUGUCAAUUAACAGGAAUAAACAGUUUUUUUGCUUAAAUCACACAAGGCAACCCCAACUUAAUCUUUCUCUGCCACACUUUACAAUUUGCACUAUGCAGACAGACAGCAUAGUCCUGUCAUCAGCUUGGGCAUCUGCUGCUUGAUGCAGUCCACUAUUCCAUUACAUAACUCAAAUCUUGCUUCAAAUUGCACAUGAAGAUUAUAGGCUACUGAGCCAUGGGAACCCUUUGGGAGGGAUGGGGGAGAGGCAUUCCCUCCAGAUUGGGUGAGUGUUGCUCACUAUGCAGUGCUAAAAACAAAAUGCAUGAAUUUCUUGUCUUUACCCAACUAUACUCCUCUCAAACACCUGUUCCAUCCUUUCAAAUAUAUCCCUCUGUAUACUUGUCCAUCAUCCUUUUAGAUUGUAAACUUAUUUGGGCAAGAAACACUUCAUCUAUUGUUAUCGUAUGUCAAAUGUGUUACAAUGGUUUGUCUUGUUUUACCUAUUGUACAGCACUGCAGAAUAUGUUAGCGCUAUAUAAAUAAUUGUAAUUAUUCCUUGUUCCUUGACGUUGUACAAGUUUCUCAUUAUGGUAAAUGGUGUUUCCUUUUCCUUUUUAAUUCUCCUAUGAACCCCUGUCCAACACAUGUUUAUGAAUUUUGUAGCAUUGACUUCAAAUACACUGAUCAAUGUUUUGUUUUGGAUUUUAUUUUAACUCUUACAGGAUUUUGGGCUCUAUUACUGAGUUCAGUAAUUGUAGGAGUAAUGAUUUACUACAAGAUCAACUUUGUUUAUGUCUACGACCAUUAUCUACAAUUUGCGGCUUCUGGCACAAUUAUCUCUGUGCUGCUCAGUAUCUAUCUUUAUGCACGUUCUCAUAGAGCACCAAAAGAAGAUCUUUCUCCUGCAGGGAAUGCAGGUAAGAAUGUUUGUCCCCACCCUCCUCCUGAAUGGUUUUUAGGAAUUCUCUUAGUUUUAGAGUAUGUUCAUAUAGUACAUUGUUAUGGUCUAUAAAAAGUAGGGCACUUUCAUGAAAACAUGGUGUUUCUGCUUUUAAAUUCUCUAGAAGUAAGGGUUUUGAUUAGUGUGGGCUCAUCCAGCAUUCAUCUUGGUGCACAUAAGGAAAUACAAGCUUGCUACUGUGACGUACUUGCAAGAAGCUUAUUUUGGAUCUCAAGAAAGAUAUAAAACUUCACUUGAUGUGUAGUGAAAAUAAUGAAAAACCGUAUUUGUGAUAAAAAAAAAAUGUAAAUUUGCAAUGCAUAUUAAUUAAGAUAAAAGAAAAUAUAAAGAGGUGUGUUUAUUAAAAAAAAAAAAAAAACUAAUUUAGCACAACCAAUAAGUGACUUAGGUACAUUUGAAAAAUUUACCUAUUUAAAGGAACACUUCAAGCACCAAAACCACUACAGCCUGUUUGGCGCUUUCCCAUGGUAAGUUGUAAAACUAUGCUAUAAUGGUUUGGCAAUUUACUGCUCGGAUUGUAGACGGGAAGCGAGGAAGCUGUGAUCUCCCUGCUCUGUUACCUCGUGCACCCCUAAUUGAUGCUGGGGCUGGAAUAUGAUGUCACUCCGAUCGGCAUCCCGAAGCAGCGAGUGAGGGAGCAGAGCAGGGAGAUCACAGCUCCCUCGCCAUACGCCUACAGUACGCACAGCCAGCCACCCACCCACUGGACCCCAGGGAAAGCCGACCCACUCCAGCUCUCCCAAAGGUAGGGAGGAUGGGUGGAAUAAACUUGAAUUAAAACACAGUGUGUGUGUGUAUGUGUGUAUAUGUAAAUAUGUGUGUGUGUGUGUGUGAGAAUGUAUGUAUGUAUGUAUGUUUAAGAUAUAGAUAUAGAGAUAUAUAUAUAUAUAGAUAGAGAUAUAGAGAUAUAGAUAUAUUAAACAUACAUACAUACAUACAUACAUACAUACACAUACACACACACACACUGUGUUUUAAUUCAAGUUUAUUCCACCCAUCCUCCCUACCUUUGGGAGAGCUGGAGUGGGUCGGCUUUCCCUGGGGUCCAGUGGGUGGCCGGCUGUGCGUACUGUAGGCAUAUGGCGAGGGAGCUGUUUUCUCCCUGCUCUGCUCCCUCACUCGCUGCUUCGGGAUGCCGAUCGGAGUGACAUCAUAUUAUAUAUAUAUAUAUAUAUAUAUAUAUAUAUAUAUAUAUAUAUAUAUAUAUAUAUAUAUAUAUAGUGACCAGCCCCCCUCUGAUCACAUGGAAAUGGUGUUUUUACUCACCUCUGAAUCACCUCAUGUGCUGCAAAUGAUGCGCCAAUCAGCAUUUCCUCAUAGAUUCAAUGUAUCAGCACUGCAGCAAUUGGAUAAAAAGCAUUUUAGUGGCCGUCUGAGUGACUGUCACAAGAUGUCACAAGGCAGCAAUGUAAACUCUGCCUUUUCUCUGAAAUUGCAGUGUUUACAUUGAAAACAAGAAAGAUGGGGGGAUGGGUCUGCGCCGAUGUGUACACUGAGUGUUGAGUCCAAUAGAAUAUAUAUUUUCGUGUCCAAAGUUCUACUUUUGGUGGUAUUCAGAAGGUAUCGGUGUCGUGGAGAGUGGUCCAAAUAAAAAUAGAAGAGAUCUUACUUACAAUUUACAGAGCUUAAUCCAGCUCUGGUGUGGAUAGCUUGCAGCGGUAUUAUCCCCGCUUACAGGAUAUUCAGCAGGUGUCCUCUUCUUUGCAGUAACGGGUGGCCGAAGUUGGGAAAGAUAAAAUGUAGACAGUAAUGGUGCAGUAUAUUCUACACUAAUAAAAAAAUAUAUAUAUAAAAUAUGAUAGAUACACUCACAUUCGGUAGAGCUUAGGCUAGCUCUAGUUGGUUAGGCGUGCAGCGGUAUUAUCCCCGCUUAUAGGAUAUAUGAGGAGUGAUCUUGACCGGAAUAUCAGGAGCUCGAAGAGAAGGUAAAACAGCGAUAGUGCUCUCAAUAAAAUCUUAAUUGAUAAAAUAAAAUAAUAAAAUAUACUCACAAUGUAUAGGGCAGACUGACUGCUCUAUGUAACAGCGUAGGUGGUAUGAUCCCCACCUGGGAUUCUUGGAGUAUGGUAUACAGAACUUAAAAAAUAAUAAGAGGUAAAAUGUAAAUAAAAAUUUAUAAAAUAGCCAGGUAAUAGAAAAUAUGAUGGUUUAACCGUAAAAAUGACCAAAAUCUUUUAUUGACAAUAUAUAAAAUAGUAAAAAAUAUCCAAACGCGUUUCACCAAUAUAAGGCACACCGAUACCUUCUGAAUACCACCAAAAGUAGAACUUUGGACACGAAAAUAUAUAUUCUAUUGGACUCAACACUCGGUGUACACAUCGGCGCAGACCCAUCCCCCCAUCUUUCUUGUUUCUACCAUUUGAUUUCCAAGGACACUAGAGGGAGUCCUUGUUUGGGACAGUUGCCUCUCUGAUUAGCGCUGACUCUACCCCGGGUUCUGUUUACAUUGAAAAGCCUGCAGGGACAGGCUGUAAACACCAGAACCAAGUGACUAUAGUGUCCCUUUAAGAAUUUUAUUUUGUCAUUUAAAAUAAAGCUUUGUAAAUUAACAACAAAAAAAAACUCUUCUAACUUUUUUAGCUGGCUCCUAUAUUCAGAGCAAAUGUGUCUUUGCCUAAGGACUUAUUCCCUGCAUCCAUUUUCUUUGCUCAAUAGAGCAAAGGGGGGACUAUGCAGGACCGCGCUUGUUGGCUCAGAGUAUCAGGUGAGCACUUUAAGCAGAUGGUCUCUCUACAGAGACACAUAGCUCUUUCUGCAGGGAAGAAUGGAUGUGGUGCAGACACCCAAUGGGACCCAUGUGAGUUCUGAAACUGUGUUCAACAUCUUACCUUGGGAUAAUGUUGGGACACUCCUGUUACCAUAACCACUGGAUGUAGUAGUAAUUUUGUUUGGAGUGAUAUUAACAAAUCAGAGCCACUAGAUGGCACUAUGAAAAACAGUAUGGUUAGUCACUUUCUGGUCCUAAUCGUGAAAAUUGUUCUGAAGAGGUGAUAUUCGACACAAAAUGCCAUUUAUUCGAUCAGAUUAAAAGUAAAUCAAACAAUGUGUGAAAGAUUAUCAGCAGAACCCAACAGUAAAUUGAAUAGAAGAGUGUGAUGUUUGGUAGAACUUAAAUUCAAUGCAUCUCUUAGAUAUGUGAAUAGAGUAUGUUUGUAGUCUCAGUUGUAGUAAAGUAUGUAUUGCCCAAACUGUUAACAGGGUGAGGUCCAUAUAUUCACGUCCCAUGUUAAAAGUGAGAAUUGCUUUCUAUUCCUUAAUAAAGUUUUGAAAUGAAAACCAGAGUGUAAACAAGGAAUAAUCAAUCACAUCGAAAUCAACCAAUAAAAGUUGGUUUAUUAGAUAUUGUUACAUUGUCACAUAACUCCUAUUUAAUUCACUUAGCUGUCUGAGUCAUACAAGAUCUAUCCAUGCAGUAUUUUUUGUCUCAAUUGUGCAUUUUAGUUUUGAGUGUGGAAGAUCUUUGGGGAAAGUGGCAUAUAUCACCAGGAAUAGGGUGGACAAAUUGCUGCUGCUCCUUUUACCAUACAUUAGGUACAGAGCUUAGUAGAAGAUGUAUGGUUUUAAUCCGUAAAAGGAGGCACAAAGCGCAUCUAAACAAAUAAAUCUUAAUGUAGUGUGUUCUAUCUGGGAAUAUUAAAUCAUGCUGUUUCCAUUUAAAAUCAUUUUUUAGAUUUGAGGCUGACAGUCACUAGAAUUACUUCCUCCUCAAAAAAACAUUCUAGGCACCCAGACCACUUCAGCUUAUUGAAGUGGUCUGGGUGCCAGGUCCCUCUAGGAUUAACCCUUUUUUAAAAUAAACAUAGCAGUUUCAGAGAAACUGCUAUGUUUAUAAAUGGGUUAAUCCAGCCUAUAAAGCCUAUAGUGGCUGUCUCAUUGACAGCCGCUAGAGGCGUUUGCGUGUUUCUCACUGUGAAAAUCACAGUGAGAAGACACCAACGUCCAUAGGAAAGCAUUAUAAAUGCUUUCCUAUGAGACAGGCUGAAUGCGCGCGCAGCUCCUGCCACGCAUUCGCAUUCAGCCGAAGAGGAAGAUCGGAGGAGGAGAGCUCCCCGCCCGGCGCUGGAAAAAAGGUAAGUUUAACCCCUUUCCUUGCCAUCCAGCCCGGCGGGAGUGGGACUCUGAGGGUGGGGGCACCCUCAGGGCACUAUAGUGCCAGGAAAACGAGUAUGUUUUCCUGGCACUAUAGUGGUCCUUUAAAAGGACACCAUAAGCACCAGAACCACAGCUGUUUAAUAUAUUGUUUAUGGGGCAUAUAGCCUGUCCCUGCAACUUUUUAUUUUUUUAGAUAUAGGGGUGUUUACAUUUCUUCCUAAAGCCAGCUGUAGUGGCUGUCACCACUAGAGGGGCAUUCUAGUAGUGUUCCUGCAAUUUUUGCAGGACAGACAUUUGGCAUCUUCACACCUGGCAUGAUGGCGCUGAUUGGUCCACAUUGGGUCAAUUUUUCUCUGAGGAAAUGCUGAUUGGCAUAGUAUCGUGAUAGAAGCACAGACGUGUAAGCCACCCAGUUCUUUCGUAUAUAUUUUUAACUUUUACAAUAAUAAAUAUUAAACUUCAAACCAGGUUCUCAAAACCCAGUUAAUCAGAAAGAAUACCUACAUAUAUUCAUUCAUUCAUUCUCAUAUUCUCUCAACCAAUUUUAUUGGUUGCUAUGGUAAUGUAUUUAUAUUGGAAAAUUCAGAUUUGAGUCUGUGUUGUUGUUGUUUUUUACUAGCAUUUUUUUUAUGUAUGUAAAAUUCUUCCUUUGUAGGAAACUUCAUAUAUCACUUUUUUAUGGGCCGUGAGUUAAACCCUCAUAUUGGAAGUUUUGACUUGAAAUAUUUCUUUGCACUUCGUCCAGGGUUAAUUGCCUGGGUAAGUCUGCCCCCCAUAUAAUAUAUACCGUAUUUUAAACCUAUCAUACAAUAAGCCCCAGUUUGUCUAAAACCUGUGUUACGUAACAUUUUGAAACAGACCAUCAAAGGAUUAAAUGCAUGUUUGUAUUUUUAUUCUUUAGGUACUUAUUAAUGGCAUAAUGCUCUUAGCUGAAAUGCGUGUUCAGGAAAAUGAUGUGCCAUCUGUGCCUAUGAUCCUUGUUAACAGUUUUCAACUGUUGUACGUCGCACAUGCCCUGUGGAAUGAGGUAAUUGUAGCUGUAGCAAUUCUUGAAAAUUUUCUUUGACCAACAGGUGGAGCACAACUUUUCAGAUUUGAUUUAAUGGUAUACUAUAGUGUUGGGAACCCUUUCAUUCACUUUACAUUCACUUUAGUGGCUGUCAUAGUGAGGCACUUUCACUUUCUGAAUAAAACUCUGUACUGUAAGGGGAAGCAUUGAAUCAAUUGGCAUUUAUUCAAAACUCCUUUGCCUCUCACUACUACAGAGUGAAUGCCUAAGAUUGUCUGCGAUUUUUGUAAUCUAUUGCUGCGUCUGGCAUCUUCAGAUUUUAAGAAUACCAUUAACGUACAUACAGUAGUUUAGUACACCACAGGUGUUUCAAAUGCAAAGGCACCUAGAUAAUAGGUAUAGGAUAUAUCUUGUAGGCUUUCAAUUCAAAUGAAGAUACAGCCCUAUUUUUAAACAUCAAGUAUAUGUGCCUAUUGAAUAGGUCAAUAGUAUUAGCAGGACUCCGUGGAAAUUAAACUUAAAGAUGUGAAAAUGUCUUUAUAGAUUGUAGAAUAGAAAUGUAUCAGCUGACCGGAUCAACACCUCCUAUAUGAAUGUGUAGGGGAAACCGAGACUUACUGAGAAAUAAUAUAGUAGUGGUUCUGAAACAACAAUGUGAGAGAACCAAUACAAACUGAAAUAUAAUGAAAUAAGUCAGAAAAUAACUCAUACCCCAUAGGGGGUUAAAAAAAAAUCCUUUAAAAUAGUGUCAAUUAUAUAGUGUUGCCGACAGAGUGCUUAUUACAAAAGUUUUUAUUGGCACAUUAAUACACACACACACACACACACAUAAAAGACUCAUAAGUAAAAUGAACAAAAUGUCACAAGUGAAAAAGCAAAGAGUACCAGGUAUGUAGACUGAGGGUCCAAGAUUGUUCGUAACUCUCUCAUCGGCCGGAUAAAAGUGAGUGUGGACCUCCUCGUGCUGUAUAAACACUGGCUGUCAGCCGCAUGUGUUCCACUGCGGCUCUGGAUGCGUUCCAGUCUGCUGUCACUUAAGAUUCUGUGUAGGAUGCUGCCUUACGCGUUUCGUGAUCUUUGGAUCACUUCAUCAGAGGAUAGCAUCCCGAAAUUCUUCACUCUGUUAUAUACUAUUCAGUCUAAUCAUCAUGCUCCAUAGUUAACCCUUUGUGUGUUAAUGCAUUCUAUUUUUAAACAUGAAUUUAUGAGCCAGUAAUUGAGUGUAUCCCUGACUGUUUAAAUGGCCUCUAAUGUAUGGAUGGUUUGAAAUUAAUUCCAGAUGUCCCUGAGCAUUUAAAAUGUCAGCAAGUCAUGCUCCCCACUAAUACACAUUUUAACUUCCUGUCUUGUCUAGUCUGGACUUGCCUGUAUUAUUCAUUCUGACAGAAGUGAUAUUCUUGCCCGGUCUGUUAUGCACAUCUUUCAAUUGACUUUAGUGAGUGAAAAAUAGAUUCUAAUAGAAAUGUGUUCUGUAUUUUGAUUUAAAUAUUUCAUUUGUUUUCCCCUUUUUAGGAAGGCGCUGUGACAUGUAUGGAUAUCGUACAUGACGGAUUUGGGUUUAUGCUUGCCUUUGGUAACCUUGUGUGGGUGCCAUUCAUUUAUAGUUUGCAAGCGUUCUACUUGGUCAAUCACUCAGUGGUUCUUUCCUGGCCUGCCGCUGGCGCUAUUGUUGCAUUAAACAGUAGGUUUCUUCCAUUCUUAGUGUAAUAAAGCACGAUACCAUCAACAUUUAAUUUGUAUGCUUCAAACGUCUUAUGGAUAUUGCAAGUUAACACCUACAAUUGCGCAUAUUCUGCAGACAUUAAUGCAGACUUGUUGCAUCUUGCAAUACUAUUUUUAAUGAGUUGGUGUUUAGUUUUUGUCUCACCCACUUAGAAUUGUCUAGCUAUUUAGAAAAAUUUCAAACAAGAACAAUAUCAAUCCAAUAGUGACAUGUUGUUCUGAUUUAUAUUUGAAUAAGAAUAGAGAUGGGCAUGGAGAGUGGGGGUAAAAAAAACAAACUACAGGUUUUUUUUGUUGAUGAUCUGUACAGGUAUAAUGAUAUAGUGUGAAGUCUAGAAGUCCCAGAUCUUGCGGAAAUUGUAAUGUGACAUAGCUGGUAACUGUUUAAUUGUUGCUUUGAAAACUACUGCACUUAAAGGACCACUAUAGUGCCAGGAAAACAUACUCUUUUUUUCCUGGCACUAUAGUGCCCUGAGGGUGCACCCACCCUCAGGAUCCCCCUCCCGCCCGGCUCUGGAAGGGGGAAAGGGGUAAAAACUUACCUUUUUCCUGCGCUGGGCGGGGAGCUCUCCUCCUCCGAUCCUUCUCUUCUCCUCCCAUGCGGCUGAAUGCGCACGCGCGGCAAGAGCUGCGCGCGCAUUCAGCCGGUCACAUAGGAAAGCAUUAUCAGUGCUUUCCUAUGGAUGCUUGCGUGCUCUCACUGUGAUUUUCACAGUGUGAAUCACACAAGCGCACAGCCGCUAGAGGAAUUGGGGGAAGGCUUAACCCAUUCAUAAACAUAGCAGUUUCUUUGAAACUGCUAUGUUUAUAAAAGAAUGGAUUAAGCCUAGCUGGACCUGGCACCCAGACCACUUCAUUCAGCUGAAGUGGUCUGGGUGCCUAGAGUGGUCCUUUAAUGGUCUUGGCUAUACAUGUUUAGUGCCCCAGUAAACUUUUUUUAAAAUAAAAAAAUUUGUGGUCGAGAACAUAAGCCGAAUAGAACUAAACAUCACACAUAAGUUGAAUAUAUAAAAGUCGUUUGAGUUGUGCCAAAACCGGCGACCAAUUAGGCUUGUAAUAAAGAGGGCCCACGUGGUAGAAUUAUGAAUAAAAGAGAGGUGGAACGGCAACUUCUUGAAGAUGAUAUCCGGUAAAUGGGGAAGCUCUCCAGGAGAUUUAUGCCGGGGAAGCACCUCCUGCCGUGUGUGUGUGUGUGUGUGUGUAUACAAUGUAAAAUGGCAAAAUGUGAUGUAUAAUUCUAGAGCAUUUUAUAGAAACAUGGUGUUGCCUUGUGUUUUUCUAAAGCUCUUGGAUACAUUAUAUUCCGUGGGGCAAAUAAACAGAAGCAUAGCUUCAAAAAGAAUCCAGAUGAUCCAAGGCUUGCUCGUGAGUAAAUCUUCUUAACCACAUGAUUACAUUUACCAGACAAAUAAUCUUCUAGAAUGCCUGCUAUUUAUUUUGCUCUAUAUUCUGUCUUUAUCUAGACUUGAGAACCAUUCCAACUUCCGCUGGAAAAAAUUUGCUGGUCUCUGGAUGGUGGGGAUUUGUUCGUCAUCCAAACUACUUGGGUGAUAUCAUCAUGGCCUGGGCAUGGUGCCUGCCAUGUGGUAAGUAUUUAAAUGUAUUGGUAUAAUCACAUUCCCCAUCCUGGUUUUUCUAUUAACAUUUCCUAGUUUAUAUUUUGAAGGCACACUAUACACUGAAGUCACAUCAUCUUAAUAUGUUGUUUUGAUGCAUAGAUCUUAUUUUUUGAUAUGUAUAUUAUUUAUUAGAAGUGUGAAUGGGAAAGGAACUAGUCUAACUUCUAUAGUUAGACUUUGGAGAUUUAUUAAACUAAAACUAUUUAAGUUGCUUAAAUUCAACUAGAAAGGCUUUUUUUUUUUUUUGUCAAAGCUAAAUGGAAAUUGGGCGGGGGGGCUGCGGGAAUGAGACACUGGGGGAGGGGGGUGAAUGAGAGACACAUUGUAAUUGCAGUUAUUGAUAAACUGCAAUCAUUACCUUGCAGGGUUAACUUCAUCUCUAGUGGCUGUCUACUACACAGCCACUAGAGGCACUUCCAGGUCCUUAGGAGACUUUUAGUCAUGCUGUGCAGGAGGACAUCCAGUGUUCUAUAUAACCUCAUAGGAAAGCAUUGAGCAAUGCUUUACUAUGGGGUAGUCCUAAUGUAAGCACAUCUUUCUGCGCAUGGGCAUUAGGUCCCCCUGCCAGCUGAUGGCAGAUGAGCCUGACCCAACCCCAUUGGCGCUGGCUUUAGCCCUAGGAAAAUAAACAUGUGGUUUGGUCUGGUUGCAAUGAGGCACCCAGUUUAAUGUGUAUGUAUAUUGAUAUUUUUUUCAAAGCUUUAUAUAAAGGGACACUAUAGUCACCCAGACCACUUCAGCUCAAUGAAUUGGUCUGGGUGCAAUGCCCCUCAGGUUUUAACCCUUCAGAUGCAAACAUAGCAGUUUCCUGACCGCCACUAGAGGCGCAUCUGCGACGCUGGAGGCAUAUUAUGCCUCCAUCGCGCAGAGCUUCCGUAGGAUAGCAUUAAAAAAUGCUUUCCUAUUGACCGCUUGAAUGCGCUCGCGGCACUUGCCGCUCAUGCGCAUUCAGCUCAGCUGAUGUCGGCAGGGGACGGAGAGAUGCCGGCGCUGGAAUAAGGUAAGUGGCUAAAGGGGGACCCUGAGGGUGGGGGAACCCUCAGGGCACUAUAGUGUCAGAAAAACCGCUUUGUUUUCCUGACACUAUAGUGGUCCUUUAACUAACGUAGAUUUAUCUUGCAAUGCAUCAAAUUAACAUUGUCUAUCUCUCUUGCUGUCUAUCUCUUCGAAUCUGCCCACAGUCUUGAAAGAAUAAAAAUACAAUUAUGCAGUAAAAUAUAAAACUAAAGGUUCUGUUGUAUAUCUUUUGUUCUCAGGUUUUGAUCACUUUUUGCCUUAUUUUUAUGGGAUUUUCUUAACUGGUCUCCUUAUUCACCGAACUAUCAGGGAUGAACAACUAUGCAAAACUAAAUAUGGUGCUGACUGGGAAUCGUAUUGCCAACGCGUGCCUUACCGCAUUGUUAAGUAUAUCUAUUAGCAUCAAUGAGCAGUGGAAGAAAACAUGUCUGCCGUUUUUGGAACAGUUUUUUAUUUUAUUGAUUUGAUUUAUUAUGUAAAAAUGUGUAUAGUUUUAUAAUUUGAAGCAGAUAUGCAUAUUGAUUUUGUAUAUCUAUAACCAUUUACUGCUUAGGCUGGAUAUAGAUUGCCUAGUUUGCUAGGCUUAUUUAUGUAAAAAUGUCCUCAUCCUCUGCUUGACAUUCUUCUGUAUAUAGGGUUUAUCAUAUCUGGGACCACAUAGAUAUAUGUAGGCGGCAUAGUGAUGUGAUUCAUUCAACAUCAAGCGUUCUACAAGUAUUUAGUUUGUUCCAAUUUUUUUACUUGCUCUUCGGAUAACUUUUGGUUGUCUGUGUAUGAUGAUUUUUUUUUAUUUUUUCAAGUUUUAGUAAGAAUUAAAAUACAAAGAAUCCAAAAAUAUAUUUCUGUCAGCAAUUGUCUACCUAAAUAUUGUAUGUCCUUAAUGUCGCUUUAUGCAAAUAUAGAAGUACAUUAUUUUUAUUAGCUUGUGUUUACUAUACAGUUAAAAAGCAAGUCAAUUUAAAACUUUUUUUUUUUUUUAUAUGUAUAUGUAGCUUGUUUACAUAUUGGAAUUGAACGCACUCUAAAUUAAACUGUGGUCUAUUAGAUUUAAACCUUUUUUUAACAUAACCAACAACUGGGACAGGCGUUGCGCUUAAACAAUGUUGUUGUUGUGUGGUUUUUUUGUGUUUUUUUUUUUUUUUUUUUUUAACAAGGUUUGGUUUGCUUUUUUACUGUGUGAAUUUCCUGAUAUGUGAAGAAAUGUAUAUCGUAAUAUAUCAUGUGAGGUGUAAGGUGUAUUUUUAUAUUUUGGUUUUACUGUGCUAUUAUGUAUAUUUGUUAAAGCUUUCUUUUACUUAUCUAAUCAAAAGCAUACUCAGGAACAUUGUCUUUUCCUGUUUACAUCAGAAUGAAAUUUUGUAAAAUUGCCGACAUGUAGCCUACGUUUAAAGUGCACCUGCCACUCCUCUGUAAUGCUUUCAGCUUAAUGCCUGUUCCAUGUGAGCAAUAGGCCUGGUUUUUCAGCAAUGAAAUCUGAGCAAGAAAUCCUAAAAUGUAUACAUGAAAACCCAACAUUUUUGUUCCUAUGACUGGUUGAGCCUUCUCAAUGUUGAAGCAGUUAGCAGUGUGGGGAGAGCCAGUCCAAAAUGUUUAUUUUGUAGGUCUCUACCACUAGAUACAGUAAAGAGUUGAAAAAUGUAUAAUUUGUUUAUACAUUUCUCUUUAUAGUGCCUUUCAUCUAUUUGCAUACUAUUUAAUAGUAUAAUUUAAACAUUCAGCAAAACAUGCAGAAAAUUACUUUAAACCAAAAUGUGAUGACACAUUCUACCUCGAAUACACUUUUAAAAAUAUAUAUAUAUCAUGCAAAUCUCACUUUCUAGGUUGGUCAUUCGACAUGCCCAUCUUAUCUAUAAAGAAAAGUUGUCAUUUUAAUAGUGUGUUAAAAUAGGGCACCAAUAAUUACCUUUGUAAAAAAGAUUCUCUGUGAAUUGACUUCCAAGUGCACUUGCUGUGAAUAAUGAAAGUAGCGGGUUUCUUCCUUGUUGGGCUUUACUAGUUCUACAGGACUUUUUGAAAAUAUUUUAAAAUUUAAAUCGCUUUAAUAUCAUGUUUUAUAGUCUCAGCAACUUAUUCCGUUCAGAUAUUUUUCCAGGGUAUCUUCUAUACAUUGGAAGCUGUGGAUUUGUACAGUUUAACUUGGCUUUUGUUUGCCAAAUAUUAAAAUGUUUAUAUGCCAAGAAUAAAUAUAAUUUUUUACUUAGCUGUCUGUGACGUUUGUUCCUUUCAUAUCUUUUAUAGUUUUAAGUUGUCGUAUACGAAAAGAAGCAGUUUUUCUGCCAGUGUCAG